AUGGCAGAGCAGUAAGUAAUGUCUCUGGGCAUAUGCAGAGUGCCUUCUCCGCCCCGCUAAGUAACGAAAGCCUCCCAUCCUCCCCAUCUUGGCGGGAUCCGGCUUUCUGAGUAAAAGAAAACGCUUGGAAAAAAGUAUUUCUCUCUUAAACUAAAUUUACCAGCGUCCCAUCCCAAACAGCAUGUCUUUAAAACGCACUAUUCGGCGGAUUUUCAAGUUUGUCACGCGUUAAUUGCCAAUUGUCUGAACGAAACCCGGACAUCAUUUGCGAGGAUUAUUGGGGCUUCCCUUUUCUUCCUCAAUAACAUGUUUAGGAUCUCUGCCAAUAUUGUCGCACAGUCUAGCCUAGAAUUUGCUUUGCUGUCCUGUCCUCUGUGCGUUUACACUGGAUUAAGACUCCCCCCCCCCCCCCAGCGAUCAAGGAUACUUCCUCCGGAAUAGAAUCGCAACCCGAGUCCCAGUGGGAAUUUAACAGGAGUGUAAAGGGAAGGGGCUGCGGAUCCGGCUGAAAAGAAGGCGCUUCGUUGUGGUGACAUCCAAAUAUCGCCUCCCUUUUGCAGCCUCUCGUUUCACACGCAGAUGAAUGCAGCGGCAAAGUUCUGGAUCAAGGAUUUAAGCAGUGAAAAGAGUCGAGCAGCCCUCUGCUUUUGUCCAUCUUCCUAAAGUAGAAAAGCCUGUUUCAGGUUUAAUUGUUGUUGAAUGCCAGCCACGAUUAUCUUUUAAAAAAGAGAAUCAAGACGCAACCACAGCAGAUCAAAUAGCUGUUUACUGCUGUGGUUCUGGUUUAAUUCCGGCCACCAUCUCGUUGGUAAGGCUCCUCCUGCAUGUAUUUGACACACACGAAAGAAAGGAGCAAGGCAGGCUUUAUCUGAGGAGGUUGAGCUCCUCAAAUCUACACAGCAUUCUCCAGAUUUCAAGAGCAGAAAAAGCUGAGGAGUUCUGUAAGACCGGAAAGCCUGCCUAUUGCCCUGAGCCAAAACAAGCUGGUCCAAGAGAACGCGGGGUGUGUGUGUGUGUGGAAAAACCGCAAGUACACACGCACACGCCCUUUGCCUCCUUUCAUUUGUGUGUGUGUGUGUGUGUGUGUGUGUGUGCGCGCGCGCGCGUGUCCUUCCUUCCAUGUUAUUUUUUGGGGGGACCGCAAAGGGCAAUCUGAAAGAGUAUGCAGGCCUCUAGAUCUGCGCGGUUCUCUCCUCCCUUUGCCAAUCUGGCUAAUAACUCUCUUCCCGAACAGGAAACUGCAAUAAGCCUCCAGCUUGAGAGAUCCACCGCCCGAUCCUAUGCAGAGUUAGGCGCGCAGAAUCUCGCUGAUUUCAUUCGGUUUAGGCGCAGCCAGCUCUGCUUCGCCUGCUUCUUUUGCAUCCAUUGCCUUGCUGGGACAAGGAUCAUGUUUAGCUUCCAUUCCUACCUCAAAAGUCCUCCUCUUCCAAGAAUACUUAGCUGAACAUUCAGAUCGUUUCACCGCUAAGGCUGUCACAGAAUGCGCGCAAUUAAUAUUCUAAUGGGGGGGGGGCGUUUGGUCUUUGAUUAAAAGGCAAUGGCUGCAACCCUCAAACUAUGUGCGGCACAUCCGGGGUUAAUGCAUCCUUUGUUGCUGUAGCUCAGUGCCUAAGCACCGCACGCAGAAGGUCCCGGGUUCUAAUCCUCGCAUCUCCCGGUAGAGGUGGGGUUGACCCCUGUCUGAAACCCUGGAGAGCAGCUACCACUCAGUGUGGACGGUACUGAGCUAAAUAAACCAUCGGUCAGACGCGGAAUUAGAAAGCUUCCUAUGUUCCUGGGCGAAGCGGAGCUUCUCAAUGGAAGGCGAGUUUUAUCUAGCAGGGAAGCCAGUACAGUAUAGACAGGAGGGGACGGGGCAAUUGUUGGGUCAGAGUCAGACCCGAAGGCCUAUAAAUGCAAGAGAUGGUUAGGAAAAGCACAAGAGAGAACAAUAUCCAGAGAGAGAGAGAGAGAGAGAGAGAGAGAGAGAGAGAGAGAACAAGGUCAGUCAGGAUGCAAUCCUAUGCGCACUCAGCUGGGAGUGAGCGCCAUUGAAUUAAUUGGCACUGACUUCCGAGGAGGCCAGGCAGAAUGAGUAGAAGCCACUCCCUAGCGAUGAUGGAUUAGGACAACAAGAUUGAUGCUGCCAACUGUGCUUCCUCGGACAUCGUCUCUAUUGAGGCCAAGUCUGACACUAUCAAAUGUGGAAAUGAUUCCACCGCGACACUUCCAAGCCGCUUGCAGAAAACCCGGGGAAAAUGAAAUGCUCCUUUCACUGAAAGUUACUCUUGUGAAUUAUUUGCGUACGUUUAUUCUACGGAGGCAGCUGAAUUUGGCCUAUCAAAAUGGACGUGAGCAUGUAUUAGCUUUGGAGUGAGACAGAAUUCUUGGAAAGGCAGUAGACUUUUAGGUGGGAGUGUAGAGGUUCCUUUGAAUCACAACCAAUUCAGCCUAGGCGAAACACGGUUAGGUCCUACUCAUUUGAAGACAAUGUUAAAAUCCGUGCUUAAACUUAUUUCUCGAGGGGAAGGGUUCGCGUUUCCUUUUAAUAGAGCCCUCACAGGGUAUGUGAAGGUCAAAACAAGAAAUGCAGCGCAGUGCAGUCCUAGACAUGUCUACUCAGCAGCCCCUCUGAAGUCACUGGGACUUAUUCCCAGUAAGCAAGUACAGAAUUGCAGCCUUACUGAGUUUAAUGUAACUUUCUCCUUAACGAGCAAUUCACUAAACUACAGCCCCAAACAGAUUUUACAGCACAAUUCUAACCAUGUAUCAACUCAGACGCAAGUCCUAUUGACUUUAAUGGGACUUUCCCCCAAGCAUGUGGGGUUAGGAUUGCAGUCUUGGAUGCUCGCUAGCUUCAGGUGGAGGCGAAACGAGCUGCUUUUCGUCAGCGAGCUACACGGCCCACUAAAGAAUACGAAUCGCAGGAAAUCCAUGUAAGUUCUGCGGCAUUCAUAUUCUGGACACAAAUGUGCAGGAUCGCGCGCAGAGUCUGAAAACUGCCACCCUGCCCUUACUUGAGAGUAAGCAAUAUUGAUCGCAAGCGGUCCUCAGUUGCCUCGCUAGUACUAAAACCUUGGUGAACUCCAGGAAACCUCAUGCUGAGGAAGCAUGCGCGGGAUCCUGUAGGUGACAGGAAGUCGCUAUCAGUUGCACUUCCCUCCCCGCCUUUAUUUAUGGCAAUCCUUCGCAUUCAAACCCGAGAGUAGAUCCCCUUGAACGAAACGGGGGCUUGCUUUCCAAUAAACACACACGAGAUCGGGUUUGGGAGACAAAACGUAAAGGCUGCCUGGCACUCGAAACCCCUAACCUUUCAAUUCCCUGGCUAAUUCGCUGGUUGGGAGAAUUGCACUCUGCAUGCGCUCAGAGGCACGCUCGCCUCCUUUUUUCUUAACGCGCGUUCGGGCGCCGAGCUCUAGCGGUCAAGCCAGAAAGCUGCAGGGGACGGGGAAACCGGGCCCUGUCGUGCGACGAGGAAAGGUAGCCCUGCGGCGGCCGCUUUCAGUUUCCCUCGAGACUCCUGGUUACUGUUUAACAUCCCCACCCACGUUUCAGUUUGUUUAGUAAAUCGAUCUGAUGCCACUGGGGCUCCGUCUCUCGCCCCGUCGCCAUUGCGCCAAAGUGAACAGAUUCCCCUCCAAGGCAUAGAUCUCUGCUCGAAGGAGCUGGGCGAAGCGAAAAAAGCCCAGGGCCCAAGAGGGGGGGAGGAGGAGGAGGAGAGAGACGAGAAAGUGGCGCGCUGGGGGCGGGAGGAGGCGUGGAGAUGCUCGGCAACCGCCGCUAAACUGACCCGCCCGAGGGCCAAGGAGCAACUCGACCCGGCAGGUAAGUUUCAUUCGUGCCGCUGGCGCCUCCCGGCAGAGCGAGCGCAGCGCAGCGCCGCCCGCCCGCCUCGCACUGCCCUUCCUGGCCGGGACGAGACGAGGACAGCGCGCAGCCAGAUUCCUCCGCGUGCUGAGGGCGAGCGGUGCCAAAGCAGAGGAUGUCACAGAGCGAGCGAGAGAGCAAUGGCUCCUGGAGAUCUGGGGUUGUGUGUGUCACGUGCCCGCCUUGCCUGGUGGGCAAACCUGCACGCCCACCACGUGCGACCCCCUGAAAGAGCUUCGUAUGGAUGGGCUCUUGAUUUGGGGAUUGGGCAACUUCCCUUCCUUGCCCCCACAAAGGGUAACUCCCCAGUUGCUAUUCUGCUGUUGAUUUACUUGCCCAAUUAACACUCAAAUGAUUUUUAAACUCAGGACAGACUCUUUAAAAAGAAAAAAAAAAGUGUGGACCUCCUGCAGCAUGCAGUUUUUCUUUCAUCCCACAAUGACAAACCACACACACACACACACACACACACACACACAACUCCUGCUGGGUGGGCGCUGGGGGCACUCCAAAGAAGCAGGCUUCCCCUCCCAGUGGCUCCAGAUAGUCAACAAAGAGGCGUGGCUUGAGACAUUUCUUCCUUGUUGAUCACAUGAUUACAACACUGGAAGACAAACUCUGAGGACUUCUGGUGGCAAUCAGAGAUUCCAUACAGGUAGGGGGUCCACUAUGGAUGUGACAGAGUUUGUAUCUAUAACAGAUGCUGGGAGCGGGGGGCGCUUCCAAACACAAUUGAACAGGGGGACUUCAGGGUCCCAGUUACCCAGCAAAGCACCAUAUUUUGGUUUUGUUUCCCACUGACAGCACACAACAUUCUGUGGGCACUCGGUCUUCAUUGGGCAGGAUUGUUUUUUGGGGUGUGUGUGUGGUUCCCCUUCAGUUUAAGUAGUAGUAGUAGUAGUAAUAAUAAUAAUAAUUAAUUUAUAUGCCGCCCAUCUGAGUGAGUUGCCCAGCCACUCUGGGUGGCUUCCAACAAAUCAAAACGUAGUAAUACACCAAACAUUAAAAACAUUAAAAAAAAUUCUCUCACCAGUGCAAACUUCAGGGUUGCUCUGAGCAUGCUGAUAACCCAAAAUGAGGCCUCUUGACACUCAAUUCCUGAGGGAAUGCUACCCAUAAUCUUCCCCGUUUUGAGGUGGAAGGUUUGCAGGAAUAGGGAUUUCUCCGCUUCAGAGCUUACAUUGUUUCAUGUGGUAAUAAGCAUGCGUGCAAGGCCACACACCACUGUUUAGCUAGCCUAUUUUGUUUAAACAAGCUCCAAUAGCUCUGUGCUGCCACAUCUGGUUGGUUAGUUCAAAAUCAAUAAGUGAAAUUCAACCCUCCUCCUCCUCAAUGCAUCUUUAUCAUAUCUCAAUCCUGCCUUUUUCCUCCAAGGAGGUCAAAGUGGCAUACACUCACAAUAGGUUCUUCCUUUUAUCCUCACAACAACCCCGUGAGGUAGGUUGGGUUCAAUGAGCUUCAUACCUGAGCAGGGAUUGGGAACCUGACUCUAUUAACCCUAUCACAAUUACCGGGCCUUUAUGCUUCAGCUAUGGUAGCAGUCAGUGUAGUGGUUAGAGUGUCGGACUAGAACCAGACAGGCCAGGAUUUAAAUCUCCACUCAGCCAUGAAGCUCAUUGCAUGACCCUGGGCCAGUCACUCUCAGACUAGCCCCCCUCACGGGGUUGCUGUGAGGAUUAAAUGGAGAAACAGAGAAUCGUGUUCACCACCUUAACCUCAUUCAAGGAAAGGUGAUAAUAAUAAUAGCAACAAAUGGAUGGGACUUCUUCACCUUUAAUAGCUGUGUUUCAGCAGAGUUUCUGCAUCUUUAAUUUCUGUUUUUCUUUUACCCAAAACCCUAUGCUAUACUCUUUUUCAGCCAUGUUAUUUCUUGGGUUGCUGACCCCAACUUUCCUACCUUCUAGGAUUGGUUUCUGGUUCUUAGCCAGCUCCACAAAGUCCUUAGGGCUUUGGUGUGGUUUUAAUUCCCGCCAAAAACACAAUUUCAUCAGGCAUGUGGUGCCAUGUUGAGAAAGCUGAACCUGCUUUCCAAAUCCCUUCUUUGACAAAACUGAUUAUGAUGACCCGGAAUCGGCUCACUGGUUGGCACAGAGUUAAAUGCCAUAAGCAGUACCUAAUAAAUUACUGUGUAUCCUAUGCACAACUGCAUAGAUAUAUGCCCAUUCAGUUCAAGGGGGCUUAUUCCAAGGUAAAUGGGAAUAGAAUUGCGGCCCUAGAUGCAUUUUACAGCCUAAUCCUGUGCACAGUUACUCAGAAAUAAGCCAUACUGUGUUCAACGGGGGUUUACUGUUAGGGAUGUGUGGAUAGGAUUAUAGCCUUAAAGUAUGAUGUUUGCAUUUUAUGCAGUAUACACAAGGAGGAAAGAAAACCACGACAAUGAAAUAUUCUGUUAAAGCCAGAUAUGGGGAGAGUAUUGUGAACAUUUUAUUGAUCAUCCCUUUCUCUGUUUCUCUUCCCCUUUGUGUGUGUGUGUAAAGGGAGUUAAGGUGGAAAGCACUUAAAAUGCUCUUUUGUAACCUGCUCCAUACUUCCCAUGAUUCCUCUGUCGCUUUGCAGCUUUGAGGAAGGAAAAAAAAACCACAGUUAAAAAUGCUGUUUUCAUUGCCUGGUACUCAAUUCCCUGUCCCUUUCUUCCUGUCUCACAGAUGCAUGGCAGCUCUGCCUGAGGCUCACCUCAUACACAUUAAAAAAAUCAGGUGUAGGACAAGAUCCCAGUGCAGUUGCCUUGUUCAGAAUGUUGUAUUUCAUUUUAGUGGCUCAUGCAACUGGAGCACACACACACAAAAACUUCUCACUCUUCCUCGUCUUUCUCAACUUUCCUUAAGUUUUAUUGAAAUGAAUCCUAUUUCCAUUUCACUGUUGGGUAAAUGCAGAGUAGCCUGCCAUUGGGUAAAUGUUCUUUUCAUUUCUGAGGCCACAGGGAAGAAGUCUGUUGUGGGAGGAAAUCCUAGGUGGGGUGUGUGUCUAAUGUAGAAGUUAUCACCUUUGGGAAAUCAGUUGUGAAACUCUAGGGCUGUGUACAUAACAUGCCUUUAAAACACAUCACUUCCCUCAAAGACUCCUAGCCAAGGCUUUCUUUCAGUCGGAACUUGGUUUCAGCACCUCUCAGGUGGGCACCAUUCAUGGGCGUAGCCAGGAUUUUUGUUAGGGGAGGCAGGCCUUUUGUUGCGGGGGGAGGCAGAACCUCAGUUAGCUAUGUAUUUUUAUUAAUUUGGGGGGGGGGGCAGCUGCCCUUCCCUGCCCCCCUUCACUACUCCCAUGGCAUCAUUGCCAUUAUAAGAGAACAAGAGAGGCGUUCAUGGUAAAUUCCGGCACCUCUUUUUCUAGAAAAACAGUGCUGUUAGGAACCAUAAUUUAAGGGCGCUGAAAUUGCAGCUCUGUGAGGGGGCAAACUAUGGCUCCCAGGAUUCUGUGGGGGAAGCCAUGUAUUUUAAUUGUGUCAGUAGGCAUAUCACACCUCACUUUUUUGAAGUUAGUAUUGCCCCAACGCUCUGCAUUAAUAAAGUUGUAUAUUUGGGAAGCAGACUUCAUAUUCUUGGGUAUCGGGUUAACAAGGAUGCUCUUUAGGACAACGUAGGCAAAAUGCAGACUGAAGAGGAGUUCAGAAAAGGAGCAAAACAGAUGGAAAAAUUGUCCCACUAGUUUCCACCUGCCUGGUAAAUAGGGUGGGUAAUCCACUGCAUUGUGUCCCCCCCUCCCACAACUCAGAAUUUAUCUCUAAAAUUGUCUUGCAGGCCACUGUUCUGGUUUUCUCCUUUGCAGUCCGCCCCCUUUGUUUCUGUAGAAGUGGUGUAGUGGAUCAAAGUCUUGAACUGGGAAGUCCUCAGAUUGAAUGUUGCUUCUGUCAUGAGUUCCCUAGGUGGCCUUAGUCAAGCCACUCACUUAGCCAGGGGCGGAGGAAGGGGGUGCGGUGGGUGCACACCGCCCCGGGUGUUACCACUGGGGUGUGUGUGACAAAAUGCUGGACGGCAGUCACCGCGGGGCCUGCAGUGCGCCUGAGCGUUGGGAGAGACGCAGUGGCUUUGGUGUGUGCAGGCUCCACGCUGCCCAAACGUCCACCCACUGCCUCCCCUCUAGAUGUAGGGCGGCUGAGUGGGAGGAGGCAGGCAGACUCCGGAGGCCCUACUGUGUGCCCUGCCCCUAUGGGCAGCUCGCCCCGCCCUUCCCCUAUGGACGGCUCGCCCUGCCCCUGCGCAUGCCACCCCAGGCACCUGAGCGGCUUCCUCCGCUGCUGCACUUAGCUUCUUGUCAGCUGCAAUAUGGGGGGGGGGCAAUAACUCUGACUUACUUAACGGUGUUGCUGUAAAGCAGUGGUGAUGGAGAACUCCUUCCAUCCUGGAUCUGCAGAGCCACAGGUUCCCCACCCUUGUUGUAAGGAUCAAAAUUAGAUGAGGCAUGUGAAGUGCUUUGAGCGCUUGAAAGCACUAUACCAAAGUACAGUGGUACCUUGGGUCACAUACGCUUCAGGUUACAGACUCCACUAACCCAGAAAUAGUAUCUUGGGUUAAGAACUUGCUUCAGGAUGAGAACAGAAAUCGUGCAGUGGCAGUGCAGCGGCAGCUGGAGGCCCCAUUAGCUAAAGUGGUGCUUCAGGUUAAGAACAGUUUCAGGUUAAGAACGGACCUCCGGAAGGAAUUAAGUACUUAACCUGAGGUACCACUGUAUAAGAAGAAUAUAGCAGCUUCUGCAGGACAGAAGGAAGGAAAGCAUUUGGAAGGCAUUCAAAAACUCAACUCUUUUUGCACUUGGUUGCAAGUGAACAGAGUACCUGAAAGUGAAUCUGCAAAAUGUUGACUCUCUGUUUAGCUUAGUGACAUGAAGUAUGUAUAAAUAUAACAGUGCUUUCUAGCAACACUUCUUUCCCUUUAUCCUGCGCUUCCAAUAUAGUUAAAUAAAAUUACUUGUUAAUUGUUCAUUCCAGAAUAGCAGAGAGAUACUACUAAAUAUAUUAUUGUGCACAAUACUGAAAAUAAGUUAUGUGUGGAAAGCAUAUGCAAACCUGCCUCUUCUUUGUAUCUUAUGCAAACAAAGAAACAUUUGUAUCUCCAUAAGUUAAAAGUAGUUUAUACAGAAAUAGUAUCUUCUUCCACACAGUUUAUCACAUUAUGGAUAACAACUGAACUUACUUUUACUAGCUGAUUAAAUAGUUUUUACUCUGAAGUCAAGUCCCACUGAGGUAUAUGGGGGUAUAGGUCUGUUAAGAACUCUUAGGAUUUCAAUUUUAGACUUGCAGGCAGCAAAGCACAUGAUUUAUCUAGCCACAUAAUAGCAAAUGAAAGAGAGGGAUUCAGAAUCUUGCUUCAAGAUUCCCUGAGUCAUUGAUCUUUUAACUUUAAUUUUUCAGUAGUAUUAAUGGUAAUUUUAUAGGAACAUAUACAAUUGUAUAAAUGUGAAGAUUAAUUUCUUUUUGACGCCUUGUUUAACUGAACCAAUCAGAUGUACAAAACCCCUUUCUUGCAUCCCAACUUAAGUUGAAAAGCAGGUUAAGAGAUUCCCUAUUACAGUGACGCUAAGCAUGAAAUGUAAGCAGGGUUGCAUAUCCUGUAUCUGUUAUACGGAACCAGUUCUUGUUGCUGCCUGAUUUAUUGUUUUUGAUAGCUGCAUUGUUCCAGUGCUUAUGCAGAGCCCCAUUGAAGGUAAGGAAUGCUAUUUUUUGGCGAUAGAUACAACUUAUCACAAAGCUGAAUUUUAUAAGGUCUUUUAUGAAACGGCAUUCUCCUAGUAAAUUAUCUUGGUAGCAUAGCGUGCAGCAACUUCCAGCAACGGAACACACAUUGCACCCACUUUUAUUUGCAUUGCAUCUUAUUGAAGCUAAGGCCGAAACGUGAUGCAAGCUUAGAGGGAAUAAGUUCCACUGAAGUUUGUAAGAUUUAAUUCUGGGCAAACAGACAUCGGGUUGGACUGUGAAUGUUUUAUCAUGGUAAAUUAGCACAGAUGUAAUGGUGUAACUGAAAUAAUUGGCAAGGGGCUGAAUCAAAAACAAAAAUCGUGCUAAAUUUUGGAUCACUUUAGAGGCAUUUUAAAAUGUAAUUCAGCAACUCUGAUUGAAUCAGGUUUUUCACUUUGCAUUUUCAUAUAUAUUCAUUCAUUCAUAUAUAUAUAUGUUAAAUUCAGGUUGGAAUAACACGUAUAAUGUCAAAGCUGAAAUCUAUCAAACUGAAAGAGCUGGGCUACAUUUUCAAACCUUUUCCAAUUGUCAAUUUAAGUUAAUUGAAAGCGAAAGGUCUUGGUUUCAGGAUUGGGCCAUUUAAACACAGGCGUGCUGCUUUCAUUUCAUAGAAGGGCAAUCUCCCUCCACACACGUAUUUUUAAAAGGUUCAUUCAUAAUUCUCCCUUCACACUUCUAUUGGAAAUGACAGAAUUCAUUAUUUUUGAGCUUCGAACUAUUUUCCUCCAACUUGGGUGAUGAAUUGUAUGAGAUUUACUUCACAACAUGACAUGGCAGCCCUUGAGAUUUUAAAAUACUAUGGGCUAGCUGCCUGCCCUUUGUAACUCCUCGGGAGAAAGAGUGGAGGGAACUUUAGACCAGACUCCAUGUCUCACUACUCUGUAAGUAAGAGGAACGGAUUGCUAUGUAGUGCUUGCAACAGUUUUGGGGGCCUAAGGAUCACUAGAGCUCUAAUAGGAAACAAAUAGCCUUUGAGAGACAAAGAAGCAGGCUCCCUUUUCCUGCUUUAUCUCCAGGCACAUAAACCAAUUGGUUAUCUUUGUUCCCCUUCCAUAUAUUCUAAGCAUAUUCAAUAACAGAAAAGCCUUGUUUAUGAUACGGCACCAGUUAAGAAAUUAUAUGUAUGCCUUUUAUAGUGAUCACAUUUUCAGGCAUUGUAAUAAAUGUAUGUCUUACUUUUAAAAAAUGUGCAUAUCGCCUAUUGCGCUAGUGUUAGUUUCACCGGUAAAGCUGAAUGUGCCAGAAUACAACAGGUGAAGUUUAUCAUCCAGGGUUGGUUCUGUCCACACUGUGCCAUAAGCAACCAUCAUUAGGCAAAAUCCAGAGACAGUUAUGCACUGAAAUCCUAUUCAUCCUUGUGAAAUUUAGGAUUGUGCCUCUGCACUUUAUUUAUUGUAGGAUUUAUAUCUCCCUUUUCAACUCUCAAGGCCUCAGAGUGGCUUUACAAACUUUAAAAUACAAUUUUAAUUUCUCACUCCUUCUCCUCUUCAUUCUUAAGGUUAUGGUGAUAGAAUCAACAUUAUUGUAAGCACUUGUGCAUUAAAGAGCACAUGUGAAUUUUUCACUGGUCGUUGGCAGUCAUUGAGAUUGGUAGGGCAGAAGGCAGAGAGACCAAUAGUAGUGGAGCCAGAGCCAUUAACAGUGAGAGCUUCUGCAGCUUCUGUUUUUGGAAUGGGGCGGGGUGAGGACAUUGUGCACCCUUCACAACUAGCAGAGCAUCUUAGGAAUGGAUGAAUCUGUCAAUGUUGGCUUCUUUCAGUUUCUUAUUUCCCCAGUUUCCAGAUCUCCCCAUUUCUGCAUCAGUUUUCAAUUUAUUUGUUUUAAAAUAUCCUUAUGAAAAUCCAUUCUGGAUUUUUGUGCACAUUUCUGUGUGUAAUUUUUUUUUUAAAAGAUAUUUAUUAAAAUUUCAGAUAAAAAGAAACACAUCAAUAAAAACAAGAAUUUAAAAGUAAAAAGGAAAAUACACAAUGCAAAAUACAGAAAGAAAAAAAAAAGAAAAAAAGAAAAAACAGUUAAAAACAAUUCCAUCUUUUCAUCACUACUUUUAAAUUUACUUAUUUUCUGGACCUCCUCAUACCUCCCUCUUUUGUAUUCCAAUUUAGUUUGUUUGUCCAGCAAUUCCUUUCCCUCCUUUUUAAUCCCAAUCCUUAAUCUCAAUAUAAUAUAACAUUAAAUUUUUAUCUAUUAAUAGCCAAUUUUCCAUUCUUUUGACCUUUUUAAUCCUGAUCCUUAAUCUUGAUCUGUAUAUAACUUUAAAGCCUGUACAGCUAGAAACCACUUAAUUUCUAUCCAACAUCAUUCUAACAUUCUUUAAUUUUGCAAUGUUUCUUCCAAUCUUCUUCCACCGACUCUUCUCCCUGGUCACGGAUUCUGCCAGUCAUUUCCGCCAAUUCCAUAUAGUCCAUCAGUUUCAUCUGCCAUUCCUCCAGUGUGGGUAGCUCUUGUGUCUUCCAGUACUUUGCAAUGAGUAUUCUUGCUGCUGUUGUUGCAUACAUAAAGAAAGUUCUAUCCUUUUUUAACACCAAUUGGCCGACUAUGCCCAGGAGAAAGGCCUCUGGUUUCUUCAAGAAGGUAUAUUUAAAUACCUUUUUUAAUUCAUUAUAUAUCAUUUCCCAGAAAGCCUUAAUCUUUGGGCACGUCCACCAAAGGUGAAAAAAUGUACCUUCAAUUUCCUUACAUUUCCAACAUUUAUUAUCAGGCAAAUGGUAAAUUUUUGCAAGCUUGACUGGGGUUAUGUACCACCUGUAUAUAAUUUUCAUAAUAUUCUCUCUUAGGGCAUUACAUGCCGUAAAUUUCAUACCUGUGGUCCAUAACUGUUCCCAGUCAGCGAACAUAAUGUUGUGUCCAACGUCUUGUGCCCAUUUAAUCAUAGCAGAUGUUUCACCGUUUCAUCCUGAGUGUUCCAUUUCAGCAGCAAGUUAUACAUUCUUGACAAAUUCUUAGUUUUGGGUUCUAACAGUUCAGUUUCUAACUUUGAUUUUUCCACCUGGAAGCCAAUUUUCUUGUCCAAUUUGAAUGCCUCCAUUAUGUGAAAAUAAUGAAGCCAGUCUCGCACUUUGUUUUUUAAUUUUUCAAAACUCUGCAAUUUCAGUCUAUCUCCAUCUUGUUCCAAAAUUUCCCAAUAUUUCGGCCAUUUGACCUCCAUAUUGAGCUUUUUCAAGGCUUUCGCUUCCAUUGGUGACAGCCACCUUGGAGUUUUGUUUUCCCAUUUCUGUGUGUAAUUUUGCCUAACAGCAUAUUCUUGUGAUAUUCCCUUAAUGCAUUCACUAAAAUAUACAUGUUUGCACACUUUCCUCCUUUUUACUUGCAUUCCUCUUCACAUUAUUUGGUUGGACAACUGCAUCACAAGUUUUAGAGAAGUAUGAAUUUAGAGAAGUAUGAAUUUCAAAGGGUAGCUAGCUGUGUUUAAGUUCAUAUAUUGUUUCAGGUAGUGCAAAUUAGGUUUGCUUGCAUUAAAAUGCAAACCAAGCUCUCCCCAUUUCUAACGCACAUGCUUAUUUUGUCUCACUCACUGGAUCAUCACCUUCUUGUGGUGAGUGGGAAAGUCUCACCUGAACAAGAACCUUGAAUACAUGGAGUAGUCUUUGCUAUCAAAAGCAAUCUUGUGAAGCUCUUGUCAGAAGUCCCUACCAGCAUUAAUGAGCGACUUUCAACCCUUCGAAUAAAACUCACCAAAAACCAACAGGCUACUAUUUUAAGUGCUUGUGCACCAACACUGGAUGCCAUUGAAGACAUUAAAGAAAUUUUUAAUUCUCAGCUGGAUGCCAUCCUAUCAGAGAUGCCUAAGGAGGAUAACAUUAUCCUCCUGGGUGAUUUUAAUGCAAGAGUUGGGUGAGAUUUCAAUCUGUGAAACUAUUGGGAAAGAAGGAAUUGGCAACAGCAACCAGAAUAGAAUCUUACUUUUGACUAUUUGUGCAGUGCACAACCUUGUUAUUACCAACACACUCUUUCAACAAAAAGAUAAAUUUAAAACAUCAUGGGGGCACCCUCUGUUGAACCGCUGACACCUCUUAGACUAUGUAAUUGUUUGAGUUGAAGAUCGCUGUGAUGUGCUCCUUACCAGAGCUAUGACAAGUGCUGAUGACUGCUGGACAGAUCAAGAUCAAGGUUCCUCAGACCUUGUGGGGGCCCGGACUAUAUUUUGAAAAAAAUAAUAAAAAAUGAACUAAUUCCUAUGCCCCACAAAUAACCCAGAGAUGCAUUUUAAAUAAAAGCACACAUUCUACUCAUGUAAAAGCAUGCUGAUUCCUGGACCACCCACAGACCGGAUUUAGAAGGCAGUUGGGCUGGAUCUGGCCCCUGGGCCUUAGUUUGCCUAUCCAUGCUCAAGCCCUUCAAGAUCCCAUUAAGCGGGAUUGCUUCCAAAUGACUCUUAAGGACCAUCUGCUUUCAGAGUUCCCUGAUAACACCGAGGAACACUGGACCAAGCUAAAAACAUCCAUUAUGGCAAGCCUGCAAACAAACUAUUGGAUACCAAACCAAGAAACACCAGGUCUGGUUUGAUGAGAAUGAUAGUGCGUUUGAAUGCAUUAUUGACAAGAAAAGGAAGGCCUUUCAGAUCUGGCAAAGAGAUAGAAACUUCACCACUAAGAAAGAAACAUAUGCCAAUGCUAAGGCUGAGGUUCAAAGAAGAACCAUAGAACCUGGUGAAUAAAAGCUCAAGGGACCCUGCACUUAACCGACACUCUCCCAAUUGAAGUGCAGAGUGGGAUUUGAAGGGAAACCAAAAUGCUUGUUUACAAAGCUAUUGUACUACCAACCUUAAUGUAUGCUUGUGAAAUGUGGACCACUUAUAAGCGCCAUCUCCAACUCCUUGAAAGCUUCCAUCAAUUGUGUCUCUGAAAAAUUCUACAUAUCACUUGGGAAGACAGGCAAAUGGAUAGCGUAAUGCUGGUGGUCAACAAAAGAGGUUUAAAGACUUUCUUAAGGCAAAUCUAAAAAAAGUAGGAUAAACACCAACAAUUGGGUAACAGUGGCUUGUGAGCACUCCAAUUGGAGAACAGCCUUUACCAAAGAUUUCAUGGACUUUGAAGAUGCUCAAACUCAGGACGAAAGGGAGAAAUGUACUAAGAGGAAGGCACAUUUGGCAAACCCUCACCUUGAUCAGCUCCUGCCCAGAAACCUAUGUCCCCAUGUGUGGAUCCAGAAUUGGCCUCCACAGACACUUAUGGACUCACUGUUAAGACUGUGUUCAUGGAAGACAAUCUAACUUGGCUAUGACUGAUCGCCAAAGAAGAAGCUUAUUUUGUACCUGAUCAAGGUCCCCAUGAUUACCAUUAGUCUGUAAAAUAUAGAAAGAAAAGCUACUGUAUGUUCUCUUCAAAGAUUACUGCUGUGCUGCAGGAAGUUGGUUGUAAAGAGGACUAUGGGGAAGUUGCCUUUUAAGGACAGAAUAUAGAAUAAAGUCCCUAGGAAAGCCAAAAUAUUGGGCUGUAGCCAAUACUAGUCCUACUCAAAAGAGACCUAUUGAAAUUAAUAAACAUGACUAGCUUAUUUCUUCAGUUCUACUCUGAAUAUAAAUAAGUUGGAUAAAACCCUUUUUUAAAAAAAAGAGUGUAAAGUGGAGAUAUAAUUUCCCUUCAGGUUCAGAUGCAUUUCUUUUGUCCUGUUGCCACCACCUGUUGUCAAACAGGUUUUGCAGGGUUUUGAAACAGUGCAGCAAAAUAGGUUUGUCAGAGUGGUCAUAGGAUAAGGGUACAUACUAUGGAUACUGAAAUUUCUGUGAUACUUUUCUCUAGAGCACUGAAGGUGGCAUCUAUUGUCCAUCCUAAUGUGGGCCAUCCUAAUUUUUUUUAUUUUAAGUCUGGAAAUUACUAGUUGACACUGUCCAUUGCCUGCCCAUUUAUUGCUGGCAAGGCUUCCUUGUUUGUGAAAUUUUAUUCUUAAGGAAGCAGAGAGCCAGUUGAAAUGCUUCAUAGUAUUUUGUAUUAAAUCACACUGAAGACAGAGGCCUUGCAUCUUAAGCUGAUGGCCAAAUCUGCCAGUUCUUGUUCUCUUUGAUGCAGGUAAAAUGGUUAAAAGCAAAUUUUGAAACGUGGGUGCUUUGUAUCUUUUAGAAACUUGGCUGAGAGGCCCACAAAUGGAUCCCAACUUCUUGCAAAACUCAGUGUUGAAUGUUUAUGUUAUGUUGUUCCAUUGUUCUGUGCUGUUAAGCAGUUAGGAAUCUGUCUAAUCUUCUCUGGGCUCCAGUCCAUCGGUAACUGGAAUCAAAGAAGUGAAACUGACUAGUCUUUGUGACUGGGAACCUAAAAUACACACACACACACACACACACACACACACACACACACACGGGGGGAGGAGGGAGAGACUAAUAGGCCUGAAAAGUGAAACCAAAUAGACUACUCCGUUGUCUAAAUAUCUAUUCCCACACAGUUGUACCUUGGUUCUGGAAUGCCUUGUGACUUGAACAUUUUGGCUCCCGAAUGCCAAAAACCCGGAAGUGAGUGUUCCAGUUUGCGAAUGUUUUUUGGAAGCCAAACGUCCGAUGUGGCUUCCAAGGCUUCCGAUUGAGUGCAGGAAGCUCCUGCAGCCACUUGAAAGCUGCACCUUGGUUUUCAAACAUUUUCGGAAGUCGAAUGGACUUCCGGAAUGGAUUCCAUUUAAGAAUCAAUGUACGGCUGUAUUAUGUUUUGGACAACAAACAUGCAGUUGGAAAGUAUCUAAAUAGUUACCUUCUGGCUACCAGUGUGGUGGUGUGGUUACGAGCGGUAGACUCGUAAUCUGGUGAACCAGGUUCGCGUCUCCACUCCUCCACAUGCAGCUGCUGGGUGACCAUGGGCUAGUCACACUUCUCUGAAGUCUCUCAGUCCCACUCACCUCACAGUGUGUUUGUUGUGGGGGAGGAGGGGAAAGGAGAUUGUUAGCUGCUUUGAGACUCCUUCGGGUAGUGAUAAAGCGGGAUAUCAAAUCCAAACUCUUCUUCUUCUUCUACAAACAUUAUGAUAUUCUUAUUUAAUUCAGUUUAUUUACACACCUCUUUUCUACAGCAAGCUGUGCUCAAGCAACAGUGAGCUGUGGCCUUACAACAGAUAUCCAUUUAUUAUCAGAAUACAGAACAUUUUGCUGGGCAUGGAAGAGAAACCAGUUAACAAAUGAACCCCCAACAAACAGAAUAGGUUCAGCAUUACAAAGAAAUAACCUAGGCUUCACUUUCAUUUUGCUCUGUGCUUGUGUAUAAACAAACAAACGAGCAUUACAUGAGUAAAUACAGUUCAGAGGAAGAAGAGACUUCUUGUCGGGCUAGGUGAGUCACAGCUGACUCUCUCCUUCCUCCUCCAGAGGGGGCCAACAGAUCUCCAGAGGUUCUAGCUGCAUUCUUGAGUGGAAGACUGGAUAGAAGCAUAAACUUUGGGAUGGAGCUUCCCAGUGGUUUUAGCUGGAUGAGGAGAGUGCACAGGUCCUGCUUUGGGAGCAUCCCAUAAGCAAUCUGGUUGGGCACUGUGAGGUCAAGGAUGCUGAACAGUGAAGGCACCUUCUUGAUCUCAAUAGGCAGGGAGUUCCAAAGUGUAGGUGCCACCACACUAAAUGAUCAAUUCCUUACAAAUGUGGCCUUACAUUACCCCAGAGGACAGGUCUGGAUCUAAUGGACUUAAGGUACAAGAAAGAAGGCUUGGGUGCAAUAUUAGGCAAAAUGUUUUGAUGGUAAGAACACUUUGACAAUAGAACCAAAUACCCACCAGCGUGGCUGAGGACUCUCGCUCCCUGGUGGUCUCUAAGCAGAAGCUGGGCAGCUAUCUGUUAGCGAUGUUCUUGCUCGUUUGAUUUCCUGCUUCAAAUAGGGGGUGGACAACAUGAUCUACUAGCCACCCUCAAUCUCUAGGUGCUUUUGUGCUUCUAUGCAGUAACUGCUGUUGCUGCAUCACUGCUGAAGCCGUCAAGGAAGAGGCUGGUGUCACAAAUCCAAAUUCAGCGCAAAAUGAUUCACUUGGAUGCAGGAAGCAGUUUGUAUUAUAACGCUAUCUGGUAGUUUCCAGCUCAUUUCUAAUUCUUCAACACUGACUUGUUAAAACAAGCCUCUUGUCUUUACACUCUCUGAAAGGGGUUGCAUAACAUCAAUUUCCCACAGGAAGUUGUCCUUUCAUCCAUGACAACCCCUGCAGCAUUAUCUUAGUGUUUUCUGAUGCAGCCAAGGAAUGUUUGUGUGUGUGUGUGUGUGUGUGUGUGUGUGUGUGUGUUAUUUGAAGAAUUUUGGAUUAUCCAUAGCCGGAUGGAAAUCUGAUGUGUGAGAUGGGAUUGUCAGUAGCCUAUCUCCCCAUGCUGACGAGAAGCAUUUAAUUCUGUUAUUGGAAUAUGACAUUCUAGAUCACUGUUGAAAAUCGAUAAGCUGCUAAAGGGCAGCCUUACAGCUUGACCUAAAUCCAUUUAGAGCCACUUUAUAUACCUCAUUAGUAAUGUAAUUUAAGGGUAAAAUGCCUUACCCACAUACUGUUAUACAGUGUCAUUAGUAUGUUUAUUUUUAUUUUUCCCGUCACACAGCAUCUUGAUAACUGCGUAUGUGCCUGGUGGUCUCUCGACGCACACAUUUACAGAAUAAAUAGAUCAGAGGUUUUCACAUUGUGGUCCAGAAAGCUUUUCCGGGUGGUUUGCAAACAACUGAUGGAUGACUUGAUGGUAUAUCGCCUUCCUUAUUUACAGAGGCUAAAUUGUAUUAGCAGAAACUAAAAACCCAUUUAAAUAUUUCUCCCCUCAUAUUAUCCAUGUGAGUAAUUGCUGUAAUUUCAAAAUGAUCUUAUGCACUUUUGGGAGGGAGGAGUGAGGAAGUACAGGAAUGCCUGUCUAGCAAAUAAUUCAUGGUACAGGCUAGUACAACGCAGAGAAACCUUUACAAACUCAGAACAUUUGAAAUGUCUUGACAUCAAAUGUAAAACAAAGUUUCUAAUGAGUUUACUGAGAAUUCUGCUAAGAAUAAUCAUCCUAUCAAGUAUGAACAAUUGGUAAUGAUCACUGUGUGUGUGUGUUCCUACAAGCAAUUAUUUUUAUUCAACUUCUAAUAGAUAAUGCUUGUUUGUUUCGGUUUUCAUUAGUAAAACUAUCCCAAGCCUCCCUCAGUUAUUCAUUUAUGCAGCGAUGGAUUCUGUAAAGGCAGGAAAUUGGCACAAAACAAUUUCUCAGACAACCACAACACUUUCUUUACCCUAAACUCAGACAGUAGUGCUUUAAAGGUGAUCAAAGGACAUUCCUUUGUAUAGUAGGUCUGGUGUGCCAUUUGUAAAUAGCUUCAGGAAACCUUUAGAAGAGAAAAGAAACAAAGGCAAAGUUUUUUCCACGGAGAAAGGAACCGGUGCUGUGUUCACCCAAUCUGUAGUGAAAGGACUUAGUGGGACUCUGGGGUUAUGCGAGAGACUACAGGCUAAGGUGGUGCAAUGACUUUUCCUUUUACAGUAAGGAUUCUGAAGUCUCAUCACAGGCAGAACCAUGUGAGAUUUGGACCCUGUGCGGCCUGUUCUUUUUUAUGGCUCCUCAUAGAGCUAAAAAGGGAGGGAAGAGAGUGUGAUGCUAGAGGUGGCAAUGGGAGCUGCCCCCUGCCUAGGUGAAUAGAUGAGGAAGGAAGAUUCCAGUUGGGACUGCACUGGGGGCAAAGGGGUAGAGCCCACGUCUCCCAUUUCCUGGCUAUUGAUUAUUUUAUUAGAAUAUCAGCUAUGCAAGAGCAAAGCAUCUGACAAAUGUCACAUGUAGUUUGACCCUAAUGAGGACAUCUUUACUGGACCUGCAGACAUCAAGGGGGAAGCUAUAGAUAAGACUUGGGAGAGGCUGGGAUAUUAUUAUUAUUUAUAAAUAAAUAAAUCUUUUUAUUGAAACAAGACUUGAGUGGGACUGGGAGAUUUCUUUUUAUUAUUCAUUUCAUUUAUUUAGAAAAAUAAAUUCUAGACUGCUUAUUAUUGAAACAAUCUAUAAGCAACGCAUGUCAAAAGACAAUGAAAUUGCCAGUAUAAAAUUUAUAAUAUGAAUAAAAACAGCAUCAAGCUGUACAAAAGGUAUAGGGCCCAGCAUUACAGUGCUGGGAAAGCUUAAGCACCAAGGUAUGCCUUCAGGAGAUGUCUAACAUACACAUAACUGAAGACACUUUCUCUAAGGGAGAAUAUUUGUGUGUGUGUGUGUGUAGAUGAUAGAUAAAUAGAUAUAGAUAGAUAGAUAAAACAUGUUUGGGUAUUUAGUAGAAAGUUACUGUGUUUAGCUGUGUGCUGAGUUAACAAGCAACACACACAUAAGCACACACUCUCACACAGGCUUUCUUGGAAGAUCUUAUUUUGUUUAAUCCUUUUGUUGUUAACUCUGCAGCAGCAGAAGUAGCCGCCUCUUCAAGCUCAGGUCUGUUGAUGAAUAAAAAAGACUUUGCCGAACCUGUGAGAAUGGGACUCAUAGGAUUGGUUGUGGUCCACUUUCUCUCCCCCCCCCCUUUGCCUUCUCUCCCCCCUCCCUGCUUCUUUUCAUUUUGUUUGAGAUUGAAUUUGAGAAAGAGCUUUGUUCCAGACAGUUGCUUAUGGCAGUGGGUUGAGAUGAGAUUUCGUUGAAUCAUAGAACUAAUACACAAACAGAAAAUAUGUGAAAAUUGAAAUGACAAGGUAGAGUAGCUUGUUUGUUGAGGUAGAUAAAAUAACUAGGUUUGCAGGGAAAUGAGAGGAGGUAUGUGUGCUUGUGUGUAAGAGAGAUAGAUAUCCGAACUGGAUUUAACCUGAGCCAGGGUUUGUUCUUCAUAUGCUUAUAUUCUAGAAACACUUGCUAAAAUGAAAGAAACCUCUUCCCCCCCUCUCAUUCUGAUUAUGCUUACAGAUAACGUUACUAUUACUUUGCAAUUGUGUUUGCAAACAAUCAGAAAUAGUUGGCUAAAGUAUUGACAUAUAUCAUCUCUAUCUGCAUUUUUUAAUCAUUCUGUAUCAUUUCUCCAUAACGUUAUUCUCCAAACAGCAAACCGGCACAAGGGAUUAUUUUGCCUCAGACAGGCAAGGGUGUUGCUAAUUUCCCACUCCUCGAUUGGCUACUUCUUUCUUCCUGGUUAUUUCCCCCCUUGUUUUUCUGUGACAUUAGCUCUCUGAGAGGCUCUUCUCGAAGACAGGGUGGAAACUGGUGCAGAACCCAGCAGCCAUGGUACUGGUAUCAGUGGCGUAGCGUGGGUUGUCAGCACCCGGGGCAAGGCAAGUAAUUUGCACCCCCUAACCCGUGGAUUUGCGCCCCCUAACCCGUGGAUUUGCACCCCCUAACCCUAACCCUCAGAUGUUGCGCCCGGUGUGGCCGGCCCCCCCUGCACCCCCCACGCUACGCCACUGACUGGUAGGUCCCACUGGCUGGACAUACGUUACACUGGUUGCUGGUUCAUUACAGGGCCUAUUUUAAGAUACUUCUGGCAACCUAUAAAGCCCUAACUGGUUUGGUAUCCCUGUUGGUGCUUGCUAGGGCUUAUGGGAGUUGUAGUCCCAAGCAUCUGGAGGGCAUCAUGUUAACAAAAGCUAGACAAACAUACUGUAUUAAGCUUCCCAAAGAGGUGGCGUGUUAUGUGUCGUUUAUAUACGAUUCAGCUUUUCUUCCAAGGAGCUCAAUAUACAGUAUUUAAGGGUCCUUUCCCCUUCCCUAUUAUAGCUUCACAACAGCCCUGCAAAGGCCUGAGAGACAGUGUGACUGGCGCAGGGUCAUCCGGUGGCUUGUAUAACUGAGUACGGCUGACUUUAUGUGUGAGAAUGGUUGUGACUGUGUCAUCUUGGUGUCAUAGCAGCCAUCCAAAUCACCUUAGUUCCCUUGAACAGAAGCACAUACUACAGUGGUACCUCGGGUUAAGUACUUAAUUCGUUCCGGAGGUUCGUUCUUAACCUGAAACUGUUCUUAACCUGAAGCACCACUUUAGCUAAUGGGGCCUCCUGCUGCUGCUGCGCCGCCGAGCACGAGUUCUGUACUCAUCCUGAAGCAAAGUUCUUAACCUGAAGCACUAUUUCUGGGUUAGCGGAGUCUGUAACCUGAAGCGUAUGUAACCUGAAGCAUAUGUAACCUGAGGUACCACUGUAUAUGGUGGAUCUGCAUGGCUGCAGACUAAGGCCACCCAAAAAGACCUCAAGGGUUGCAUGCAGCCCUCGGAAUAGGCAUUGGACCACCCUGGUUUAGGGUAACCAGGUACAUUUUACACAUUGUGUGUUGGUGCACAUGUGUGUACAAAAUAUUUGUGUAGCUGCAAUAUUUCUCCAUUUUGAGUCAUUCAUUUUACCAUAUGAAACAACCAGGGGCGUCUUGCCCAUAGAGGCAAGUGGUGUGGGGCGCCAGGGCGCCAAGUUCUGGAGGACACCAGGGAAGAGGCAGAGGCUGGGUGCGGCGCCUCCUGACAUCAGCUCGCUGCCCUUGCCACCUAGCACCGUGCCUGGAGCCUCUGCCUCUUCCCUGCUGGAGAAGCCGCCCUCUAGCCGCUGCGUGCCUCCUCCAGCCCCGCAAAGCUGCCAGCAGUGCCGUAAAAAGGUUGGCAACUCUGGGAAAGGGGGGGGGGGGCGCCGGAGGGAUAUUUGCAUCAUGGCGCAGGAUAUACUUAAGAUGGCCCUGGAAACAACAUUCUUUUUUAGAAAGGUUCAGCUGCUUUCCCUUAUCAGCCUGUGGGGCUUUCCAAUGUCAGGACACUUAGGUAGGUGGAGACUUCUCAGAACAGAGAGCUUAUCAGUGUUUGCUUAGGAUCUAUUGCCCCCCCCCCUUUUGCCAUAAAAAGAGCUAUAUUGCCUACAGGUGCCAUAAACCUUAAGAUCAAACUUUUCUCAAGCAAGUUUGAAUACAGAUCCUCUGCUAAAACAACAGGAGUCAGGACAUUUCUUCAGCAGAGCACUUCCAGUCUCCCAGCUCCUCUGGUGGCAGUAGUUAUCAUUACCAUGCUAAUUGUAGCAGUUUCACUACUACAGUGAGAUACUGCUGUGCUGCUUAUUAGGAGAAAAAUAGCUUGCACAGAUAGAUUUGAUAGAGCUAUCUAUUGCAAACAUAACAAAAUUCAAAUAGUCAUAUAAGCAAUAGACUAAUAAAAGUAUAUCAUAUUAAUAACUAUAAAGUAAAAUUGAACACUAUUCAUAAUAAAAUUUAGCAAUAAAAAUAUAAGAACAUAAUCCAGAUAACUAAAAGAAUCCAUAAUAAUAAUAAUAAUCUCCAAAUCUAAAUAUUGACCCCAGUAAAAUGUAUGUGUGUUGUUUCUUUCUGUGAGCUGUAAAACUUAAUUGAUCUGAUUUUUUAAAAAAGCUUUAGAUUGAAUGAACUUUUAUUCUAAACAUGCAGACUUCUAAAAAUAAAUAAAAACAAACCCAAAUAUGUUAUUUUUACAUGGAUACUAAAAAACUGGAAGUGGCAAUUGCCAUUUUAGAACAGGCAUUUGAUCUGUUCUUUCAUAGAAUAAGGAGUGCCUCUUUUCAUCCUAUGGGUAAUGGCUAUUUCUUGCAUAUCUGCACCAACCCUGCAUGCUGCGCUCUUGCCUUGUUCAAAUUAUCUUGAUAUUGUGUGGGAGACACAGCAGAACUGCCCCAUCCCACAGCGGAAAGGUGACACACCAGAUCCCAUGGGAAGGGCUCAUGUCAGAAACAUGACAAAAUGGUUUUAAAGUGCCCAGGAAUGGCCUGAUCAUCAGCCACCUCAGGUGGCAGAAGCUGGAGAGCAACAGAACGUGUGUGCCAUAAGGCCUGCCCCAGCCAACAAGCUAGCUCCCUGACCACAGGUGUGGUGGAAGACAUUGCCUUGUCCCCAGUGCUGAAGUAACAUUCAGUUGCCAGUCUGAUCAGUUUUCUACACGUGGAGUGGGCAGUGGGGAGAAGCAACUUGUACAGGCGGCAAAAUUCCCUGAGCGAAACUGGACAAGUACGUGAAUUCUAACGAUUCUACAUUAGAGAAGAGCUCUCUAGAACUUCUGGGCUGAGAUGGGUGUGGGAAAACUGGUUGUGUGAUGCUCUCCUUAGCCACAGGCAUUGCCUGGUACGAAGGUCUGUCAUUAAGAAGCAUGGCUAAAUAAACAGGUUGGGAUAGGAUUACUUUAGUGCCCUUCCCUUCCCUUUAUGCCAUUUUAUUGUCCUACUAAUGGUUAUUAGAUUAGGUGUGUAAGAGCUCACGAAAUAUAUGCGGUGGAAGAAGUAUGCAGGAAAGUAAAUGUUUCCCACAGAGAGUCUAGCUUUUCUGUAUUUGAUGGAGAGACUAAUUUACCUUGCAUAGAUAAGUGAUGGUAUUGGAGGUGGGUUUGAAACCCGGUCCAUUCCAUGCUUUUAUUAUGCUCAGUGCUGUGCAGCCAUUAUUUUUAAUGUAAACUUACAGAGGCCCCUUUGGGAGAAAGGCUGUUAUUACAGCCAAUGUUUUUGUUUUUAAGAUUUACCCAUUUUUGAUCCGUGUGCUGUGAAAGUGCUCAGUAUUGAAUUGUAUAUUAUUUUAAUUUUUAAAUACAGUACUUCUCGCCAUUGUGGAUAUUUCCAAAAUAAAUCUGGGAGAUUGGAUUAGGAACAGUACUCCCAAGGAGAAAGAACAAUGAUGGCCUACAGUAAUUUUUGUUUUCUAUCUUGCAUUUGCUUCAGGCGAUGAUAAUAAUAAUAAUAAAAAUAAUAAAAAAGAGGAAGCUGUGGAUGCAUAGUCAAGUUCUUUUUUUGGGAGGGAGGGGGUAUACAACCUACCUAAAGUUAGGCCAUUAAAUUAGAUUUUAUUAAGAGACAGUGUAGCCUACAUUAGGAUGUCUGAGAUGCAUACAAAAUGACCUGAUUUGCUUGCUGGCUAAUUUGCAGAUCUGAACAUCUCUAAAAAUUGGAUUUUGCACUUCUCCAAAUGUGGGAGUGCAAUUCUUGGCUUAAAAAAAAUAUCAAAGUGCAUGGUUUUUCAAAUAAAAUAAUUUAAAACAUUUUGACAAAAGGCAUUGUGAAAUGCAUAUUUUAAAUAAAUAAAGUAAAAAAAUAUGUUUAAAUGAUUUUUUUGACGUGGAUUUUCUUUUCUUUUUCAAACGAAAAUAAGCCAUAUAUAUGGGAAUAGAAUGAAAUAGACUGAGUGAAUGCAUAUGAAAGUAAUAUGGAACAGAAGCAAACUGGUUUGUCCAGUCCUAGUCCAGAUGUCAUUCAACAAUUUCAGUGGUGGACUCAUAGAGUGAGAUCCAUGUAGGUUAUACAGUGGUACCUCUGGUUACGUACUUAAUUCAUUCCGGAGGUCCGUUCUUAACCUGAAACUGUUCUUAACCUGAAGCACCACUUUAGCUAAUGGGGCCUCCCGCUGCCACCGCACUACCGCCACGCGAUUUCUGUUCUCACCCUGAAGCAAAGUUCUUAACCCAAGGCACUAUUUCUGGGUUAGCGGAGUCUGUAACCUGAAGCGUAUGUAACCUGAAGAGUAUGUAACCCAAGGUACCACUGUAACUAAAGAUAAAUGGCAAAACCCAGUGUAUUUUAAGACAAUUUAUCGUGAUUGUUUUUCCCCGUGUGUGUGUGUUUGUGCAAAUAUAUAGGGCCAGAUUCAACUAAACAGUUGCGCUUGUGAGAACCAGUACAAUGGCUUUCUUUCCUUCCCUUCCCUCCUCUCCCUUCUGUCAUCCCAAGCUUGCCCCCAACACAGGGAGGAGAGGGGAGACCAUUCCAUCAGGCAUGCAAUGCAGAAGCAAUCUCCCAACACUGCUUAGCAUUCCAACCAUAAUUCCUGACUUGAGCAGUAUUACCAACAGAUAAUGAAUUGCUUUCUGACAUUUUUUAUAGCAUAAGUGCCUAUGGCAUACACACGUAGUAUAGGUCUACUUCAUUGUUCUUAACACUAGUCACUCAGCAUAUAGGACUAGCGACUGCCCAGUAAGGAUGUACGAAGGCAUUGAUUUAUCUUCCGACCUGUGUUUGUCACAUGCAGCGAUGCUUCCAUUGCACCGCAGUUUGGCUUCUGACGAAACGGUUGGUCACCUCACUGUGAUGGAAAGUUGCCUACUUAAUUUAUUACGUUACGUUCUGCACAAUUCAUUUCAGUGCAAAGGAAAAGCUAUGCAAAUGCUGGGAAGGGGAGUCAUCAAUUACAUAUUGUUUUCAAACUGAAAAUAACAGUGACUAACAAUUGUGUUCACUGCACUGAUUUUUGUUUGACAUCAGAUGGAAAAGGAGACACCAGCAAUCUCUGCUCCCAUUUCUAUCAUAAUUCCCUGAUAGCCGUACUGACCAGAGAUGCAAAUUUUCAAAUGGUCUGAAACACAGAGGAUGGGGAGGAUGUUUCCUUUGAUCUCCUUAUCUAGUGAGUAGAGGUUUGGAAAUUGAAGGCCUGGAUUCGAGUUCUACAUCAUAGAUUCAUUGCCUGAGCUUGACCAAGGGGCUGUGCUUCACUCCUUGUUCCUCAUGUCAUCAUUGCUCCCAUUUUACACAUGUUUUACAAGGUUGUUAUGAGAGUAAACACAGAAGAGAUUGGAAACUGUUUCGGAAACCAAAAUUUUUCUACAGUUUCUUAGUAGUAACAGCUGCCCAAUAUAGAGCCUGAUCCUAAGUACUUUGGAUACAAUCCACUGCAGGUCAGAAAUGCUGCUGAAAUAAAUUACAGCUCUCAGCUGCAAUGUGGGAGUAAAGAAUGUCGUGUGCUAAAGAUCAGGCUUGCAUGAUGAACUAAUUGGCUUAAUAGGGUUUGAGCUAGCUUCAUGUGGAUUGCAGUCCUUGUGAAGAAAGGUGUUCCAUUAAAAUCACUGCAAUCUACCAUUAGGUACAUGAAGUGCCAAUCUAAACGAAGACAAAUUAAACUUUUCUCCUUGCACCUAUGGUAAUCACCAGUCCUCAGCAUCUAUUAAUACUUUUUCAUGUGUUUACUAAGGAAAAGAGUGUGAUAGAUGGUCCAGGAAUUCUAGUGAAAUAAGCCAGAUCUCAUGGUCACAGCUAGCUGAGUUUAUCACAGAACAAUCAACCCCCACCCCACCCCUGGGUUUGCUGCACGCUGUGUGUGGAUUGGAAGGAGGUUUCCCUUUCUGCCAGUAAACUGCUUCCAAGCAAGUGAUCACUCUGCCGAUGUGGAGUUUCCUUUUUUCAGGGGACUUUGUUUCAGAAGUUGCAAAUUAGGUAAAUUCACAUUAGAAUGUCAGCCAAACCAUUUUUCACCACCACUGCAGGGUCAGUGUUAUCCAGACAAGUCCCAGUUUGCAUGGUUAUCAAGAGUUUCCAACUAUUGCUUUCUGUUGGAAAGCUCUGAAGAAUGUAAGGCAAGGAAAGCUGAAGGGGAGAAAAUGGUAAGAGUGACGUCAGAGAAGGAAACCUCCACUCUGAUGUACAAGGAUGCUGCGUUCAUGAUCAGAGGACAACAGGCCAACGCCCUCCCUGCAAUGUUGUGGUGCUUCUUCCCUAUACAGGGCUGCAGUUGAUGUGUGCCAUAUAAUUACAAGCAAGCAUUUAUGGCUAUUGUUAAAUCAGAUGCUAUGCUUGGGAAUGGGAAAAGGGCAAAGGCAAUGAGAGAGAUUCAUCGUCACUUCUAAAGUCAUUGGGAUUAGAAGCAGGCAUUUCUAGCUUGAGAACAGCAUGGGAAACCCUGACUCACAGCAUCUGGAACACAGAGUAUUAAUUUCAACAAUUCCUGUAGCCUCAUAGGUUCAUGACCUAUACAGAGAUCUUUAGACCUCUGGCUAUGUUUGCCCAGUUUGGCUGGGGCUCCACAGGGCAGAUGGAUGUAGCUCUGGAAGCAGAGCACGUGUCGCCGUCUCCGAGAUCUGAGAUGCUUGGAUCAAAUACCUGCUGUCUCUGAUUACAAUCCUUUGAAAAAACAGUCACCCCACCCCCCACUCUCAUCUGUGGUAUGUCAGCACAGAUGAGGCCUUUUGUCUCUUUCCCCCUUUCAAAGCUUUCUAGGUUAUAUUUUAGGACAUAACCCCAACCCCCACUUUUCUCCCUAGUAGAAGGAAAUCAGGAGACACAAACAACGCUUUUGCCCUUUAGAUUUUGUGUGUCCCUGAUUGUGUAGCCCAGAAGUAGUGCUAAGCAAAUGGCAGGCUCACAAACUUGGGUAUAGUGGGUCUGUGCUCAGCUUGGUGGUUCAAAAAUUGUGCAGGUAUGCAACAGAACGAGAUACCACAAUAUUUUAGCUAUGAUUUGUCACAUGGCAACAAAUCUCAAGAAGGCUGGAAAAAACCAAGGAUGGAGAAAGCUAAUAAGAACAUAAGAGCCUGCUGGAUCAGGCCAAUCAUCCCUCUAGUCCAGUAUCCUGUUCUCAGUGGCCAACCAGAUGCCUGUGGGAAACCAGCAAGCUCUUCUUCUCUUUGGCGAUCACUUGUAGCCAAGUAAGAUUGUCUUCCAUAAACACGGUUUUAACAAUGAGUCUGUAAAUGACUGUGGAGACCAAUUCUGGAUCCACACGUCCUUCCACAGUGGGGACAUUGGUUUCCAGGCGGGAGAUGACCACGGUGUGUAUUUGCCAAGCAUGCCUUCCUCUUAGCACAUUUCUCCCUUGCGUCCUGAGUUCGAGUGUCUUCAAAGCCCAUGACACCUUUGGUGAAGGCUGUUCUCCAACUGGAGCGCUCGCAGGCCAGUGUUUCCCAGUUGCCAGUGUUUACACUACAUUUUUAAAGAUUUGCCUUGAGACAGUCUUUAAACCUCUUUUGUUGACCACCAGCAUUACGCUUUCCAUUUUUAAGUUUGGAAUAGAGUAGUUGCUUUGGAAGAUGAUCAUUGGUUUCUAACAACUGCUAUUGUGUGCUUGAAUCAACUGUGUGAGAAGUGCUAUACAUUGUUGCUCUUUUGUGUAUUGGAGCAGAGCGGAAGUGGUACAGGACAAUUCAAGGCAAAUCCAUAAUGUAGUUCAUGCUUAGAAUUCAUUUAGAUUUUCACCCUCUCAUUUCUAAAGCAUUUAAAUUGAGCAGCUCUUUAAACUUUUUUUUUUGGCAACUUUUUCCACUGAAUAUUCUAAUAUGGGACAAAUUUCUUAACGGGUGUAGCUUACUUUUGAUUACAAAGCAAGUACAAACUGGUUCUUUGAACUGAGGCCAUGUGAAAAAAGAACUAAGGUAUUAGAGACACCCUCCUCUCCAUAAAUUGUUAAAGGAAUUGCCACCAAGGGGUAGUCUCACAACAAACUACAAAUACAUUUUCAAAGAACGUCUUUUCAUAUUUAAUGUACAAAGAGUUCACGUUUUCCUAGAAACGUCUGGCGGAUUUGCUUUGAACUUAAGAAGUUGCUAACUUCUUCUGAAUCUUGAGUUGCACCUUUGGCAAAGGCUCUUAUAUUUUCAAAGGUAAGAAUCAAAGUAAAAAACAAAAACAAAAAAACACAACCCUCAAAACCCUGGCAUACAUGAUAGUGAAAUCAUCAGAGUUUAAGGUUUGAAGGAACCCCAAGAGUCACCUAUUCCGAUGAUUUGUGCUAGAGAACUCAUACACCAAAACCGUUUCUUACAGAUGCUUGCCUAACACCUGUUUGCAAAAACCCUGGAGAUCAGGAUUGUACCACCACUCUUAACAACUUAACCCAGCCAACCUGCCAGGUAAUAUGAGUUUCCUUUGCCUAACAUUUAACUGAAAACCUUCUUUGUGGUAUCGGAAGUGGCGGAGAGCAGAUCUUUACUGCCAUAUAUAUCUGGCAGCCUGAAUGAUGGAGUUAGCAAUGGAAAGGCUUUUCAGAAGGAAUGGAGUAUUUAAAGACAAAGAAGAAGUUGGCUUGAUGGCUAUAGUGUGUAAGGGUGUUUAUGGCCUGCCUGUUGCAAUGGCCUUCACAGAACUUGCUUCUCCUUGAACUUGCAGUUGCCCAGUAGGACCAUCCUUUUAAUGCUUUCUUCUCACUCAUACCCCUCUCCUUCCUGCAUGACGUCCUGCCCCUUGACAGCCCCAGAUGUGUCUGGGCUGCUCAGCUGACCUGGAGUGAUUGGGACAGUCUCAACCCAACCUGAUUAGGCUCAGAAUCUGCUUCACAGCCCUGGGUACAACAUACAAUAGAGACAGGGACUGGAAAUAUAUUUGUCCAUUGCUGAACAUCCCUGCCAGACUAUGCUUUGGGUAUAGUAUUCUCUUGGCAUUUGAAGAGUGACUAGGGAUGCCUGUUCACAUGUGUGAUGUCACCACACCUUGAGCCCAGCAUUGCAGUGUGUGUGUGUGUGUGUAGGAGAAAUGGUAAUGAACUCACAUGAGCAUAGUUCAUGCUGUUAGUCCAAUUAUUCUCAUUUAUUCAGUUAGUUUAGGAAUAGCCCAUAUUCUGUGUUGAUUGGAAUGGGGGACAUUUUCCAGCCCAAGGGCUGCAUUUGACCCUCAGGCCUGAUUUUCCCCAUCCCUGAUGUAGGUGGUCAUCCUUUUUGGGUGUUACAGUUGGGAAGGAACAACACAUAGAAAAGGGCUACAGGCCCUUUAUAUACCAGAAUAUUAGGUUUGCAGACGUCUUUAGCAUAUGUGAUGCCGGAGUGCAAAAAACUGCCCAGCACCCCCAAUUCUUUUUUGGGGGGGGGGCAACUCAGAAUUGUUGAGCUUUUUUGGGGGGCACGCAACUCUCUGCUGCAAGUGGAGGAAGAAGAGUAAUCCCUGCAGAGGCACACAGGAGGGUAGCUGGCCGGCUGCCUCAGUGCCAGCAGAAGAAAAGCCUGCAGCACUCCAACGGGCUCUGCUCUGCUUGGCAGCAGCUGUUGGCUAGCCUGGCUCUUCAAUUCCUGGACUCCAAAUCUCAGCCUGGCACCCCUGAGAGCCCAGCGCCUGGGUGCCCCGAACCCCUAGGGCCUAUGGGUAAGCAGGCCCUGUUUGCACAUUUAAAGUGGAUAAAGGGCUCUGUUGCCUUAGAGCAACAAGUUGACUUAAAACAACAACAAAACCUUGACUUUUUAGGGUUUGAAAAGUGAAGAUGAAAUGUACUGAAGAUGGGGGAAGAUGUGUAAACACCCUAGAAGCAAAUCAGGACAAAUGCUCAAUAAAGACUGGAUCAAGACUAACCUUUGCCUUGUGCAAGCAAAUGAGAGUAAUGCUCUAAGCAGGUUCUCUGGAAAGCCCUAGAGCUCCCUAAUAGGGAAACCCUAAUAGGGAAAGCAUAGGACACGACUGUAUUCUGAAGCAAGAUAUCCUUAGUCCCAAAUAUACCUUUUAUUGGUUGAGCAGAGACUAUAUUUCAUGUUAAUUUCAGACAUGUACAUUAUAUGGGUACAGUGCAGGCAACCUAAAACUUUGUUACCAACUCACUUAAUGACAAAAAGGAGACUAAUUGCGCAGCCAAGCACAUGUAUUGAAAUUCUUAUCUCAGUGAUGUGCCAACACACAUACCCCUUGGGAAGCAUUAAGCAGUUAGUCAUGGCUCCUUUGAGCAAGAAUCUGCUGUGUCAGUUUAGCUUCUAGUUAAAAUGUAAAGCUGUCUUGAGUAGGCUGAAAAAUAACAGAUCCCACUGUCCCUGAUGAUUUGCAUAGACUAUACUAGAGGUACAUAAUAAUUAGUAGAGGUAGAGAAACUUAGAUUGGAUUUUUGAAACACAUUUACCAGCUACUUAUUGCGAAAGAAUGAUUGAAUUAGUUUGAUUUAAUGAGGCUAGCUUGAUGUGUGUGAGUCUGUGCCACGUAAAGAAUCCAGCGACUGAUAGGUCAUGACUCCAUGACCAGCUUGGUCUAAACAUGCAGCAGGAUGAGUUGGUAGCGUAGACUAUGCCACUUUAGAAUACAGGUAGAGGAUAACAUUUUUGAAUACCUCACUUUGUUUAAAAACUCAGUUCAAAUACAAAAUGAAUAUAGCAGGUUAAAGGCUUGGAUAGAACAUAUUCCCUUAAAAUACUAAUUUGUGGGGGUUAUGAUUUUUUGCAGGGGUCACGUAGUGCAGAAUUAAUAUAUCGCCGUCAGUAAUCUGAAGUGGGUCAGUCCACUCUACCAUCUCAUUCUCACCCCCCCUUUGUUGUAGGGUUGACCAGGGUUUGCCAGCCUGCCUGAAAGCUACUGACCUGUUUGGUUUGUGGGAUCCUUAUCACCAUUACUGAAAGGGUGGUGAGACAAAACCCACUUUUUCUGCCUCUGGCUGGUUUUCCAUGAAAUAAUUGUUAUUUGAAAUUGCUUUUCUCGUGCCUGCAGAAACCCACCAAGCACACAAGAGAUCCAGUCACCUAACAACUACAUGUUGGUAGGAGAAAUCCAAGUCGUGGCCCUAAAGUGUUGCCAUGCCAUGUUACCUUAAAAUAUGAUCAUAUGGAAAGGUCUCAAUAGACAAACUUCCAUUAGUGGAUCACUGAAGAGAAAGCAGAUGGAAAACUGGGAUUAAAAAUUUGGCACCCCCUUCCAUUUUCUAUUAUGUUAUCAAGCUCCAGUCUUGGUUUUUAGCAUUCCACCUCCCUUUCCAGGGGUAAAAACCCCCAAGCAAACAGUAAUUCUCCAAUAAAGAGAGCCGUUUUAUGAAUGUAUGUGUUUCUCAAGGUAAAUGAGGAUAAGAUGUGUAUAAAACUUAUCUAAUCAUCUACAUAAAAUGUUUAUGAUCAAACAUGAGCCAAAGUUUUCCAUGAAAGAUUAUUAACGAAGUACUAAUUGCCUAACUAUUCUUCAACAAGGAGGUUUUUUAUCAUAUAAAAACCAACCACAGCAUGACAUUUAUCUUACAUGUGAACUCUCUCCCAUUUCCUCCCCUUUUUUCACUCUACCCUCCCUCAGUUUUUCUGUCUCCUAAAUUGGAAAAAUAAUAAGUUACUUGACUUAAGCAAUAUUUAACUAACUGCACUAGUCACAUGUCAUUUAACUGUAACUCAGCAAAUCUUCACCUGAUGAUUGCGAAUCUAUACCCUAGAACACUUUGUCUUCUAGAAAAUGAAAAUAUUAUCACCAUCCUGAUUAUAUAAACACAGCAGAAAUUGAAACACAGGUUAACACCCCCCUCCCCAUUUCUGUUACUCACAUACUGUAACAAGAAUGGAGAACCUAGGGUUCUCCAAACGUUAGACUUUGGAGCUCCCAUCAAUCUGAGCUACCAUGACCAAUGGACAUGGAUGAUGGAAGCCAUAGACCAAUGACAUCUGGAGGGCUGCAAGUUCCCCAUCCCUGUUCUAUACCACAUUAAAUAUGGAAGCACAAUCCCUAGAGGCAGUGUGGUGCAAUGGUCUCCUUGGAGCAGAUCCAUUUAAAUUAACCAACCUAAGGUAGUCAUGUUUAAUAACAUUCGUGUGCCUACUGUUGAGUGUGGAAUUAAAAAUGGUGCUCUUCCAGAGUCACCUGUGUGUAUAAGCAUUCCAGCUUGCCAGACAAAACAAUCCUCCUUUCUCCCUCCCCCUGAGUGCUAAUCCAGAGGCUCUCCCAAUCCACCCCAGAGCCAAUUCUGGGGGGUGCAGGGCAUGUGGGGGGGGAGGAGAGGGAGGAAAGACCCAUUGUGUAAGUAGAAGUCCUUGCUCAGGGCUUCUGCUGAUGGGUCUGGUUAAGUCAGUCCUGCCCUUAGGCUGCAGUCCUAACCCCUGAAAGUGGGCCCUGUUGAGUUCAGUAGGAUUGACUUCUGAGUAGGCAUGGUUAAGAUUGCCUGGUCAGACAAAUGUUAAAGAUUGAACACUUUCAAAGUGAUCUCAGUCUCAUCCUCACCUAUUAAAAUUGCUCUUUGUCAAUUUAUAAAUGAUCACAUUAGUUGACACAGCUAUGAGAUUAUUGUUUGCAGCCCUAAUUUACACAUCCCCAGGGGAUCGCUUGCAGAAACUUUCCUACAUUCAAAAUAUAAUGAUAAAACACCAAGAGGACAUUCAUACGCACAGCUAUCUUUUUAGGGACUGGAUGCACUUAGGCAAUGCAUUUGUUGUUUAUAGUCUACACGUGUGUCUGGUUUCAAGCUAUUCUGGUUCCUAUUCAUUCACAUGCUGGAAAGAAGUAACUACAACCUGAGUGGUCAAAACAAUGUUUUUUUUGGGAGAUUCUGACAGAAUUCCUUGGAAUAAGCCGCAUUUGAACUCAAUGAACUGAACUCAUCUACUGGAAUCCCAUGUAUAUCACCUUCUAUGAUGAAAAGAAAAGUAGGAUAUAAAUGGAAGAAAGUGAAAUUAUACACUGAGGAAGGUUUGCUGUACAAAUAACCUUUAGUUAGUUAGUUUAUUUUUAUUUUUAUACCCCGCCUUUCCUUGUUUAAAAACCGGGCUCAGGGCGGCUAACAACAAAUAUAAAACAUUGAUUAAAAUGAGACUUAAAAACAGAAUCAAACAGCAUAAAAUACAACAUAAAAUGCGGCAUCAAUAUCAAUAAAAUUCAAAAAUUCAGGGGUCAUUUUGGGGAAAAAACCCAAAACCCCAGUCGGUAGACAUCAAAUGAUCAACAGGGCUAACUGGACAAGUUGGUCCUAUUAAGGCCAGCAAGGAGACCAGGGAAGAAUUUAAAUGUGGGGUCCCAGAAAGGGUUUCUUCAGAGAAGAGAAAAGGGAAAAGGGAAUAGAGGAUCAGGCUAAUUCAGAUUGAAGGCCAGGCGGAAUAGCUCUGUCUUACAGGGCCUGCAGAAGAAGAUCAAGUCCUGUAGGGUCCUAGUCUCGUGGGACAGAGCAUUCCACCAGGUUGGAGCCAUCACUGAAAAAGCCCUGGCCCUGGUGGAGGAUAGUCUGGCUUCCUUAAGGCUCAGGACCUUAAACUAUUAUUAUUCAUGGACCUUAGGGUCCUCUGCGGGGCAUACCAGGAGAGGCGGUCCCAUAAGUACGAGGGUCCUUGGCCUCAGGGCUUUAAAGGUCAAAACCAGACCUUAAACCUUACUCUAUUCUCCACUGGGAGCCAGUGCAGCUGGUAGAGCACUGGGUGAAUGGUAAGGACCCCGUGAGGAGCCUUGCUGCAGCAUUCUGCACCCGCUAGAGUUUCUGGGACAGUUUCAAGGGCAGCCCUGUGUAGAGCGAGUUACAGUAGUCAAGCCUGGAGGUGACCGUCGCAUGGAUCACUAUGGCCAGGUUGGGGCGGGAAAGAUAAGGGACUGACCGCUUGAUACGGCGAAGUUGGAAAAAUAUUUCAGGUGGUCAUUAGUCUAAUGAUGCGUGCUAGCACGUUGGCCACAAUUCUGUGUAUGGUAGCCAUCUUUUGUUCCCAGCAGUGCUCCUGGGAACUAGCAUAGUCACAUGCUGACUAUUUGAAGUUGUGGAAGUGUGAGAACAAGAUGCUGGAGGAGGAGGAGAGGGAAGGUGUCAGGGACUGGGCAGAGAAGGAAGAGUGGUGAAGACCACCUCCCCAUUCUGGCCCUUCCAGGGAGGAGGAAGAGGAAGACAGUAUAGAUUUACAACAGGGGUUUGAGCGAGGUAGCAGCAGAUGGGGCAGAUGGGGGAAAGCUGGGAAAUCAUGGAAGAGCUGGAACAACACCCAGUUGACGUGUUGUCAUCAGAAAGCAUUCCAGACCCUCCAUCUCCCAGAACCUGGCGAGCCCGAAAAGUAGGAGAGCAAAGAGCUCGAAGACAGAGGGCAUGUAGCAGCAUCUGUAGAAGUGAUGAAGUGGGAGAGAUGGGGGUGUGUGGAGAUUCACUCGGGACAACACCAUUAUCCAAGAGGCUGGGUUCUAUAGCCUCUCUGUGUAAGGACUGAAAUAAAAAAGGGCUGUAAGAAGCUUUUCCUUGUCUUUAUACUUUCCUGGGCAACCAGCCGAAAGCCGCUGACAGCAUCCUGACAGAAUUGUAUUUAAGGGAAAGACAAAUAUUCUGAAAAUUCACGCAUCGACUGAAGAUCAAGCCAAUGUUCGGGGAAUGCUUUUGCCCCACUUCAUUGAAAUUUAAGGAAAUCUUUGGGUUGAUUACAUCUUCCCAGUGCUAGUCUUCAGUAUAACAUGGACUACCAGUGACGCGGGUGGCGCUAUGGUCUAAACCACAGAGCCCAGAGCUUGCCGAUCAGAAGGCCAGCGGUUCGAAUCCCCUCAACGGGGUGAGCUCCUGUUGUUCGGUCCCUGCUCCUGCCAACCUAGCAGUUCGAAAGCACGUCAAAGUGCAAGUAGAUAAAUAGGUACUGCUCCAGCGGGAAGGUAAAUGUUGUUUCCGUGCGUUGCUCUGGUUUGCAAGAAGCAGCUUAGUCAUGCUGGCCACAUGACCCAGAAGCUGUACACUGGCUCCCUCGGCCAGUAAAGCAAGAUGAGCGCCGCAACCCCAGAGUCGUUCGCGACUGGACCUAAUGGUCAGGGGUCCCUUUACCUUUUACCAGUGAUGAGAGAGUUAACUAUUGGUGAUUGAUAGAGCAUUGGUGAGGAUUUGGCAGUCCCAGAACAGUGACAUGAAAGAAAUGUCUCAUAAGUAUGGUGGAUGUUUAAGGAAGAGAGAGAGUUUGAUAGCUGUUUCAGCGUGCAAACCUGAGAAUUCACAGUGGCUGUUUGAAUUGGGUUUUCAGGAAGCUUUUUAUAACCUUGAUUUUUAUUAGCGUGUUUUCUAUUUUAUAUCCUGCUUUGAAUGAUCAAACUCUAAUAGAAAACAGGACAAUUAGCAUGCCAAGGGAGCCUUGCAGAUAGCACAGGAAUGCUUUCUGAUAGCAUUCUUAUCAGCUGGUAAUGAGCGCAGAAUCUUUUAAAAGUACAGUACAAUAACUUGAACUGCCAUCCUUCCUCUAAGGGUGAGACUAUGAGUAGUAAGAAAGACAAGGCUGUUGCCAGAAGUGGUGGCUCCAUCUUGCACUUCUCUCUGUGUGUCUAGGGUAGUAUCUUUUAAAUCCUCUUAUCAUUAAGCUGUGCCCUCUUCUAUUCGCCCUCCUGUGUCCAGCCCUAUCUGCAUGAUGCACCACUAUGUGAGGCCCCUCUGGUUUAGUGGAAGAGCGUGCCUCAGGGAUGAGCAACUUGUGACCCUACAAGUGUUGGACUACCAUCCCCAACAUCCUUGAUCACUGGCCACUCUGGCACAGAUUUCCCAUUCCCUGGUGUAGAUGACAAAUGCGUAUAUAUAUAUAUAUAUAUAUAUAUACACACAUACAAAAUUAAAAAGUGUUUUAUUUAGAGAGUGAAUGACUAAAGGGCCUGUUAUUGUUAUUGUGUGAUUUUAAAGCACCAUGGAGGUUACACUUGGUUCAGAUAUUAAAAUUAAAUAGAAACCCUGCUCCCAGAACAGGAAUGCAAUAAAUAACACACAAUUCUCUCCAAGCUAAAUUAAUUGGUGGGAGCGGGGGCGGAAGAUCGUGGAUUUAAAUCAGUGGUGUCCAAACUUUUUUCAAAGAGGGCCAGAUUUGAUGAAGUGAAGGGCUGUGGGGGCCGACCAAAGUUGUUGAUUUUAUGAUUUUACCCCAAAAUAAAGUUGUUGAGCUUUUUUUAGGGUUGGAGUUGUUGAGCUUCUUUUGGGACACAGGGGCCGGAUUAAACUGACCAGUGGGCUGGAUUAGGCCCCCGAAACAGAAUUUGGACAUACCUGAUUUAAAUUGAAAACCAGAGCCAAGAUGUCCAGUUCAAGCGACGGCCUACAAGCAGCUCUAUGUAUAGAUAAUUUUUUCCAGAAGCUCCAAAGACUUCCUCUUUCUUGCACCAAAAGGAAACCCGGGAGCCAGGCCAGUGUUUGGAUCGUCCCCACAAAUGCCUAAGAUGCCCCUGUCUGGUCCUUGUACCCCCCUCUCCUUUGUCGAAAGUGCACAACCAAACUAAGUCAACGCAGGAGGCUCCUUCAGCAGGGGCACUGAAAGGGGACAGAGAGUCAGGGAAACAACUGCAUACUUUUGAAAUCAACUUUGAGGCUGAUGCUGCUACUAGAGUGUUAAGAGGGUCUAUAUAGUGAGAGAAAUUCUAGGCCAAGUAAUUUUGCUGAAUUAGUUACUUCCUAUAACAUCUCUCUCUUUCUCUCUGGAUGACUUUAUGUUUAGUUUAGACCUGGCUUUUAAUUAUAGCACCUGGAGCUGAUCUUUUAACUUAAAAAUCCAGAUUUAUAGAAAAAUCAAUGGCAAUUGUAAAAAAAGGAAAACUUCUCAAAGCUUACUUUUUCUCUUCUGCUGCUCUUCCCAGGAGGAGCUUUGAAUUGAAUGCAGCUUUCAUAUUGAAUCCUGAGGGAUCCUAGAUCAUUUGGCAAGGAACUCAAGAAAAGUUUUGUUCAGCUGCUAUAAGCCUUUCAAGUGAAGAUUUGCUUUUGUAGUUUAUUUCGAGGAAAUCUUAAAAAUGCUGUUUGAAAAAGCAAUUAAUAAAGUUUUGAGAAGGAUACUGGGGAGAGAAAACCUACACAAAACCACACAUACGCAACACACACAGAAAAUAGUAUUAGGACAACAUUCUUAAUCCUGACACUUCUUGGCAUGAAACAUUUUAAUGCUUGAGAUUGCAAUCCUGACAGCUUGGUAAAAGUCCCAGAAAUCAUAAUAGUUUCUUCUCUUCUGCUUCAUGGUGCGCCAAGAACAUUUGCAGUUAUAUUGAUCACUGCGUGAAAGUCUUUAAAGUGGAAAGUGGGGGGAAGGCAUGACAUGGCAUCUCCUUUCCUGAUAUUUGGUUUAGAAGAAGAUGUUUUAUUUAGAAACAAAUGUUGCUGCUGUAUGAAAACCACAUUUGAAGGCUUCUUAAAUAAAACCCUAACCUUUCCCAGCCCUGUAGGCUAAGGAAAUGCUCUACACUGAGCUAAAUCCCAUUCUGUACACACUUCAGUCCUUCCAUAUCUGUUUUGAGAUUUGACAACCAGAAUCACAAACACACUCCUGGAUCUGUAAGUUUAAAAAUGCUCAGGCCUGUGGGAUUCUAACAAAAGCCUGAAGGCCAGAAAUACAUUACAUUAUAACAAACUACACACGAGCAAGAACACUAGUAUUCAGGGCUUGUAAUUUGCCCAUAACCUAAUUCUUAAGCAGAUUUCCGUUUUUUAAAAGACUGAAAUAUAUAUAUACCUGUAAAUAAAAUAGGAAUGAGUUGAGAAAGAUUGGGACAUGGGAAUGUGUUGCAUCUGCUGAACACGGGCUCAGGUCAAAUGGGAUCUCAGAGCCGUAGAAAGAACUUUUAUGAGUCUCCUGAGGGAGUAAGAGAGAAAUGGCGCUUUCCCCCUCCACCGCCUCCUGGGUUCCAGGCAAGAGGAGAUAAGUACUAUAAGCUACUCAGAAGAAAAGAGUCUAAUUGGCUAUUGAUUCCAUGGAUUUAAAGUUAGAUGGAACAUGGCUUGAGAUAUUUAUUUUUAGAAGUACAUCAAAUGGUUUUCCAUUCCUUGCCAUACAGUUUCCUGCUGAUAGUUCAGGAGUGACGGUUUGCCUGCUCUAGGAUGAAUGUUUUCUGGGGUUCACAAGUUGGGCUGGCCUUUCUUGCCAAGCCCAAAAACUGUGGUAACCUACCCCAGCCUAUACAUUUGCUGGUUUGGCCAAGCAGACUCCACCAUCCCCUUUUCCUGCAGCAGUAGCAGCAGCUACGGAAAUCCCCUCUCAUGUGGGAACGAGAUGUGUAGAAGUUGUGUGGGUACCAAGGUGAGUGCCUCAAUCAAGUGGCAGCCAAGGACAUAGGCUGUUUCUCUUUCCUAUGAGAGGGAGCCUGAGGGCUUUCCCCACUUGACGGCCAUAGAGCUAAGGAGCUCAUGCUCCGAAGCAGGAAAGUGUGGAGACUUGGCAACCAAACCACUCCCAGCUAACCUUGAAGCUAGGAAAUGGGUGGAGAACCACCCAUCCACGCUCCCACAGCUUCAAAGCUCCAAAGAGUGGUCAGCAUAUUACAUUUGUCAGACUGCAGCAGGUUGCCCACCACAGCAAGCAUGGCAAGUGAAAAUGUGGAAGCCUGAAUGUAGUAUUUGUGGAAUUGCAGGACGGCUACUUUGUGCUUCAUCAACAACUUCAAUUAUCUGAGACUCUUUCCCCCAUUUGAGCAAGGUUCAGAACACCAUGUUAACUAUUAAUGGGAUGCAACAAGUCACCGUUUUACAGCUCUUUCAGGGGAGUGUAUCAUACAAAGAGUACAUUGCCAAGUAAUGAAUUACUUUGAUUGGUGUGUGUGUGUGUGUGUGUGUGUGUGUGGUAGCUUGUCAGCAAAUGUUCAGAGAACACAAAGUAGUAACACUGAACAGAGGAUCUAAGAAAGUAUUCAUUCUGCAUCAGCUAGUGCAUUUCUGUGGAAUAGGCGCACUUGCAACAAAGAACUGGAUUGACUGCUUUCACCGGGGUUGCUAAGAAUGUGUUUGUGUCUCUCUAGUGAGUAAAGUGUAAAUAUGUAGGGUGCAGGACCAAACUAUGAACUUGCAAUUAUUAUCACAAUCAUCAUCAUCAUCAUUAUUUCCUUAUUUAUUAAUGUAAUAGAAUUUAUAUACCUCAUGAGUGCAGGAAAAAUCUCAAAGUGGUUUACAAAAACCUUCUCCUGAACAGAAUCUCUAGGAAUAAUUGAGGGCUAAGUUGGUAAAUUCCAACACACAAACAUGCCACAUAUAUUUAACUCAUUCACUUAUUUUUUGUGGUAAGUUGUGUGUGUGGUGGAGACUAGUUAUGCAGAGUGUACAUGUUUUAGAUGCUGUUCACGUUAAAGAGGCUUGCUGUCAUAGCCUGUUAUGUUUGCAACCUAUACACUGUGAAAUAUUGUGAAAUAGCUUUAUAGCUACAGUUCUAAAAUUUCAAAGCAAGAUACACCAAAUGAUUCUCUCCCCAUGAGGAAAUCAUCUUAUUUUUCACAUUAAGAGAAAUACGUAUAAACCAAGCUAAUGAAAAUAAAAUUAGCAUUUCCAUCCAGGUGGGUAAGUAUCAGUACUUUUCCAACUAGGAUAAAUUAUCUAGAGAAAUUCUGUCUUUACAAUAUAUGUUCCUGUUUUCAUUUUACAUUUUAGCUUGCAUUUUAGUAAGUAUUUGCUAUGAGAAAAAAAACUGUUUCAAAAUCACGACAGUAUCCUAUUCAAAGCCACUCUUGUCAGAUACAUCUUCAAUCUCAGUUGCAGGAUUACUUCUGACACAUGCCAGUCAAGCCAGAAAGAGCAACACCCACCUUCCUCCUUGACAUUUCACAUGCUUACAGGUGUAAAGUGCAUUGCCUUCAUCGUAGCUUUAUUUGAAUAAUUAUUAAAUACAUAUCUCUGAAAGAGAAAAUAGUCUAUAAGUACAGAAACAUUUAACAGUCUGUGUUGUGAUGCAAUAAUAAAAUAUUUUAAAGAUCAGACUAUAAAUAACAUAUUGUGUGUGUGUGUGUGUGUGUGUAAAGGUAUUAUGAUGUUGGCAGUUUUAUUCUCAGUCUCUUUCCUAAUGAUUCCUAGCAUGGAAUUUAGCUUUUUUCACAACUGCAGCUCACUGCCUUGACAUCUCCAUCAAGCCACCCAGUACAAUUCCAUGGCCCCAUUCUCAUUCAGCCACCCUCUGUUCAGACCCCAUAUGUGAAAUUAAGAUCCGGUCCCCCCAGUUUUAUAUCUCUUGCUUGCCAAUUUCCACCUCAGUUAGAGGAAGGCCCAUAUCUCAGUGGUACAGCAUUUCCAGUCUGGAAUUUCCAGGUAGGUCUGGGGGACACAACUUUCUAAAACUUUGCAAAGCCAUUGCCAGGUCUGUCACGGUGCUGAUAAGCUAGAUGGGCCCGUGGUCUGAUUCAUUAUGAGGUAGUGACCCAUGUUGCACUCUCUGGAACUAACUUUACCAUACAAUAUUCACAAACCUCUUUCUUGCCUUGCUACGCAAGGAGGACUGUAAUCAUCACAGCUGCUUAAUUAGAAAAAGUCUUUCUGCCUCUGCAGUCUUGUACUUAUUUAUGUUUACCUUUAUAUCUUGCCUUUCUUCCAAGGAACUGAAGCUGGCACACAUAGUUCUUCCCUGUCCCCAUUUUCUCAUCACAACAAGGCUGUGAGGUGUCUUAGGCUGAGAGAUGAAGACUGGCCCAUGGGUCACCCAGUGAGCUUCUUGGCUGCGUAGGAAUUUGAACCCUGGUCCCACAGGGCCUUGUCCAACCCUGACACCACACUGGCUCUCAUUUUAUGGAGUUUCUAUUAAUUUAAGUCCUACAAUUUGUGUGUUGUAAAAGACAAUCUGUUGUCAGGCAACAAAAAAAAAAAGAGGGGGACAGUUUUGUUUUGCUUUUUUAAGAAAAACUGGAAGCAUUUUAGUCAAGCCAGUUGGAACUCUCAUUUAAAGGCUCCCAUGAAAUGUCCCAAUAUUAUCGCAAGAAAUAGCUAAUUGUGUCCCAUAAAAAGGGGAAUGAUACAAGGCGUAGCAUGGCACACUUAGCUGGUUUUAUGACUCCUCCCAUUGCAACACAUAAGUGAUAUAGUAAAGAGUUAGCACUUGGAUUAUCAAUUACUGAUUGCCAGAAAAACAGAGUGGUUCACAUCUUCUUUCCUGGAGAAGUAGUCACUUUCAAGGUUUAUGUUCAAUGAUGAGGAUCUCUGAGUCCGUCCUGGACAUGGAAAUGGCAAAUUAUACAGAAGUCUUAGAUCCCAGUUAUACUAGUCUGGAGUUUGAAACAAUGCAAGUCUUGUAUAAUGGCAGUGGUGAGUUUGUAUCUUCUCAGAGAUGAAAACAUGAGUGUUUGAGUGAGCAAGAAAGAAAAAGAAAUGAACAUUAUAAAAGGGUUUUACUCUUAAUUGUGUAGCUAGGGUUUGCUUUUGAAAACUGAAAUUUUGAAAAUUAUUUGUGACUCCACUUCAUCUCAAAAUGCAUGUUAAUAACAUUAUACCAUCUUUAUGGUACGGAAAAUAAAAUGGCAGUUCUGCAUAAUAAAGUAACUGAACAGGAUUGUCAUCGGUCAGUUAAUCAAACAAAGAAAAAUGUUCUUUCAAGCAGAGGAGGUUCUUUCUGUGUUUAUUUUAUUUACUGUAAGAUGCAUGAGUAACUAUCUUUGGCAGUUUGGGAAUGAGAAAUAUUUUUGUACAUGAUAUUUUAAAAUGACAGUUAAGAUACAAAUGUCCAGAGGGAAAAAUAAUGGGCUGCACAGAAAAAGUAUAUUGAUGUCUAUUUGCAGCUGAUAAGUUUAAUAUACGGUAAUAUUUCCAGAGCGUUGAUAUGCAAACUGGACUGAGUUGUUAAUCACAACAACUCUCUCCAAGCUAAUGGUUAGCUGGGACAACUUUUAGCUAUUUGGUUAAAGUCACUUUUUAACUUUGGCUGGGUAGAAAUUGCUGACACAAAGAGUGCAAUAAGAACUCGUGAAUGGGAUAUGAAGCAAAUACUAUUUAACUUUUCAUAUAAAAGCAGAUUAACAUGUUUGGACAUAAUGGUUAAAUCUUUUAGAUCAUGUUCCUUUUAAAUAAAUGUUCAUCCUUUAUACCUUGUAUCAAGACACUUAAGACUUAAAUAGUGCUAAUUACAUUUAAAACUAUAUUCACACAGAGUUGAUCUCUUGGUAUUUACUGGUAUUUAUCAAGGUGAAAGCAACAAAACCAUUUAAUGAAAGAGAAAUCUCCCCAUACUUUUGAGAGUGUACAAUCGCUUUGCUUUAUUUAAAAUUUUAGCUUUUGCAUUGGAUUACCUGUACUAUACAUUGAUGCUGUGAUUUAAUAACAGAAUAAGCAGAAGUGGAGCAAUAUUGGAAGCCAGAAAUUUUGGGGAAAUACCAGUCAACUGCCAAUUUAAGUUUGAUUAUUUGUUUUCAUAAUUUUGAUUUUUGAAGAGAUAAAUAAAUUUUUCAUGUAACUAUUAAUUUAAGGUUACCAGAUUUUUUUCAAUGAAUCUGGGGACACUUUUCAACUUCAAUGGAUUUUGUAUGGGGACUGAUUUGUAAAUCCGGGGACUGUCCCCGGGAAACGGGGAUGUCUGGUAACCAUAUAUUAAUUCUGGGUAGAAUUCUUUAGCCGUUGCAACCAGUAAGACUUCCUACAUUCAUCAAAUGGUGGGAUUUAAUUGAACAUAGCUUCUGAUACCCCAUUAACCUCGGCAUGCUUCCUACUUCCUGUCCUUUAAAAAAUAUUCACAACAACAUUAUCCUCACAACAUCGAAAGCAAACCCCAACAUGCUUCCACUGAAUUCUUUGAACAAAACCACAGCUGAAUUACUUACAAUUAUGUAAGUGUCUUAAUGUAGUGAAAUUGUUGCAUAAACAUUUUUCUGGUUGCAGAAUAUAAGAAUGCUUUCCAAUCGCAGAAUUCCAGCAAGGUUUCCAAACCAGUAUGUUCCAUCAGUAAAAACAUCUAACUUCCAGCAGCUGAAAUCGGCCCAUCUGGUUGCUCCUUAACUGGAUUAAGACUGCAUACUUCCACCAAAGAAACAAUGGGUCCUGUCACUUUAACCAGUGGCAGUCACCUGCCUCAGAAGGUUGAAUCGAAACACAAAUCCUAAACAGUGGUGCCAGAUGCUGUCUAAGCUGAUCAAACCUUUUUAGCAACAAGAUCCUUGGCUUUGGGGGGAAAGCCCAAAAGCUUCACUAUAUAGCUUGAUGCUAGGGCUAUAAGUUUACAUGCAGACGGUCCUAGGCUCACUCUACAGCAUUUCUUGAGUAUCUGAAACCAUUGGCUCCUGCUCCCAGUAGGCGAGGGUGAUUUGCCCAGUAAUGUAGGAAGUGAGCAUAGACAGUACUGAGCUUAAUAAACCAAUGACCGAACUGCAUAUAAUACAGCUUCCCCUGUUUCUGUUUGUGUGGAUGGAGGCCCCUGGAUAUCACAGCUUUCUUCCAGGGAGUCAACCAUGUUGCUGGCCACUGUCAAGUCAUCUGAAGAUUAAUGCACAGUUAAUGCAUACCAGCCUCCGAUAAAAUGUUGCCUUAUGGCAUUGUCCCUCAAUUAUUUAAACUAACAAAGAUAUUUAAGUAGUUAGCUACACAUGCAGAGCUGGGCAAUUGUGUCAGUACUCCCAACUUCUAUUACAAGCCAUGGAGUUUAAACAAAAAGCAUUCGUUGUCAUGAGCUUCAUAAAUUCUGACAAGUGGGUUUGAAGGCAUUCAUUAGAAUAACAAUCAGGGGUAAUUAGGCAUGUUGUGUUUUCUGCAGUCCUGGGAUGGUGAAUGCUAAUUAAAAGAGAAGGCCAGUAAGCCCCCACCCGGAUGGUGUAACUUAGCCACAUUGCUGUAUUCCUCCCCUUCAAGGCUCUACACCGAACUGUACAUCUUGUUUUUCCCUUUCCUCAGACAGUUGCUCAGCAGAGCCUCUCGGCAUGAACACUGCAGACAGUGGAAUUGGUGGCCUUUGUGCAAUAUGCGGAGACAGAGCAACAGGCAAGCAUUAUGGCGCCUCCAGUUGCGAUGGAUGCAAGGGGUUCUUCCGACGCAGCAUACGAAAGAAUCAUGUUUACACCUGCAGGUAGGAGAAAUAACCCCAUCUCAGAGGUACAUCAUGCAGUAUUUAUUUAUUUGAACCUUUACUAUCAUCUCUUUAUAAAACCAGGAGGGAUUCCAGAAUCCAAUAUACAGUGGUACCUCGGGUUACAGACCCUUCAGGUUACAGACACUUCAGGCUACAGACUCCACUAACCCAGAAAUAGUACCUGGGGUUAAGAACUUUGCUUCAGGUUGGGGGCCACUAGGGGGCGCAUUGGAAGAUGGCCGACAAUACCAUCUCUCCGACCCACACGGGGUAAUUAAGAGGCUGUUAUGGGAGUAGACAGCCUCCCUUGUUGCCCCAAGGAAAUGGGGAACACUGCCCUUGCCUGCUGUGCCCAUAAAUCAGCCCCUAAUUUGAAAGAAGGGGGUGAGGGCCCUAGGCAGAAUGCCCCCAUGUGGACAUUGGCUCUCCUGGACGCUGUCUCUGAUCGCGCACUAGUUGCAGCAAUUUGGAAUAAUUAAUUACAAAAGAAGCAAAUGCACAUAUUUCAAUUGAAGAAGGGGAGUGAAGUCUGCUAAUUUAAGUGACCUCUGCGAAAGAAGACGACGGGCUGGAGAAACAGGAAUAUUUUACAAUGAAGAUACACCAAAGGCUGGGUAUGUUGACAACAGGACAGAAUGGGGGGGACGGACCUUUUUUACUUUCCUUCUAUGUGAUUUACAAGAACCCCUCCUCAUUAGAAUCGUCGGUUGAACUGACCCAAGCAGGAUGAUUAAGGUCUGUGUGGAGAUAAACUUUAACCAAAAGUAUGCUUUAUAGAGAUCGAGAAGCAAUAAGAGCUUUUGGGAAUGGCGCAGCAAUUAACUCGGAGUCGCCAUCUUGCCAAAGGAUUUAUAGCCGGGAGGAAGAAUGGACUUGUUUUCAGACUGCAUUCCUAGUGAAUCUCCUCAGAGGUUUUGAGAAAGGAGGCAGAUUGGUGAAGAUUAAUGACGCUAAGACUGUUUUGAUGUAUGGAAGUGAUGUUAUAUGGAAAACGUCUGGAUAUGGCUACUGGAUAAAAAAAUAAUAUCCACGCAGGAUUACAAACUGUUCUAACCAGCUUGCGGAGACUAUCAGAGGUCACAAAGAGAAAGGAAAAAUAUAUGAAAAUAACAACAAGAGAUGUAGAAAAACAAUAAGAAAGGACUGGAUAGUACUGUGAACAUCAUAAGGUUAGAUUUGUGGAUAUUAAAACAGCAGUAAGAAGCAAGAAGUUGAUUGGAUCCCUUCAGAACUUGAAAUAUGGGUACCCCCAACAAAUAUUUAAAAUUGUGUAAUUUGGAAUUUAUGUAAUUUGGUUUGAUUUGAUGUGAUUGGUCGGUUAAUAAAAAAUUAUUCUUAAAAAAAAGAACUUUGCUUCAGGUUGCGAACAGAAAUCGUGCAGCGGCAGCAGGAGGCCCCAUUAGCUAAAGUGGUGCUUCAGGUUAAGAACAGUUUCAGGUUAAGAACGGACCUCCGGAACGAAUUAAGUUCUUAACCCGCGGUACCACUGUAUUGAGAUGACAGGUGUCAUAUUUAAUGGGAAGUGAUCAUGCCUUAUUUGGUAGAGCACUCACUUUCCAUGAAUAAGGCCCCUUGCAUCUACAGUUCAAAAGAUGCGGCUGCAGGCAGUGCGCAAGAGACCCCAGAGAGCCAUUGCCAGUCAGAAUGAACAAUACUGAACUAGAUGGGCAAAUGGUCUGACCAUGGUAUUGGGUACAUCCCGAUGUUCCCUCACCACGACACAAUGCCAAGACUAAGGGCCACUGUCACAGCUUACACAGCCCCCUCCACAUUGGGGGAGCUGAAGGUCUGCAUCAGGGUUCCUACUCUCAAGUGAAAAAAGGGGAAGAUCAGGUUUCUUACUUGUGCAGUUUCUCAUUGCAGAAGUUCAGACCCUGAUGCAUGGAGUGGUGAUGUAAAGGCCAGGAAGUGAUGUAAAGGCCGGGAAGUGACCUCCUCUUUUGGCAGGUGUGUUCUUCAACACACUGUUGACUCCAUAAUAAUGCCUCAGUGGUGGAUUUAUACUGGACCAUCCACUCACCAUUCUGCUUUUUUGGUUGUCCUGCGGAUGCUAUCCAGAUGUCACCACAGUAUUGCCAUCCUGUGCUAUGGCUUAACAAAAGCAUGCCAGAAAAUAAACUGGAGUUUUUGUGGUAUGAAAAGUUACAGGGUUUCGGUGGGAAGUUACGGGACAUGCACUGAUUGGAAUUUAAGUGGCAUGUCUACCCUGAAACUUUUGCAGGCACAACCACGCAUAAAAAUGGGAUCACAUACUGUAUAACCAUCCCAAUACCACCCCGAGCACAGGUAAUCAUGAAUGCACAAUAAAAAGGAGAUCUGGCAGUUACAGGAGGUUUAAAGCUUGUUCAAAUGAAAAUAUGUUUUUGAAAAGCAAGGCAGAAUGGGCAGUGGCAGAUUUCAUUAGCAAACAGCUCCACAGGAUUGAACCCAUUAAAGGUUUUACGUUAUGGGGAGUUGCUGUCUGUGAAAUGAUCUGUAGGUACCAAACUUUUGCCAAUUGGGAACAGCCAAAGCAAGUUCAAUCACAUGAUUUUCUUAACUGGGAUGAGGGCAUGUACAGGAACAGAUCUGGAUCCAAAAAUCUAGAACUGAAGGUAGACAACGGUCUACCCCUGCAGGCAACUCUUCAGUCUGAUUCCAGUCCUGGCAAGACUUGAGCCCCCUGGCUGUUCAGCUGCCCACUGCCACUUCUUAACAGCAAGAUUCUGCUAUGGGUCCUUUUAAUCGUGUCUCUUGUCUCUUAAUCUUUGCAAUGCUCCGCUGUUUGAAUGCAGAAGAGUUUCCUUGCAGAGUGGUACUUGGCACAUUAAAGAUGAAACUGUUUUCCUCAGCAGUCGUCUGCAAUCCUCGACCAAACCAUUUUCAUUUGCAAAUGGCAACAAAUGUAGAUUUUGAUCAUCAGAUAUGGCUUCACAAGCAAUGCAGUCUUGUGAGGUUCCUUCCUAUCCUUGGCUCUAUUUUGUCCCUCUAUCUCUGUUCUUUCCCCCCUCAAGUCUGACUAGAUCUGUGCUACGAGGUGCCCUCUGGCAUUUCCUUUUAUCCCCUUCUCGUUUCUCAGGAAGGCUGCCUAGGACUGUUGCCGAGGUUAAAAGGUACUCUCUCUCCUGCUUUUACCAUCACUUGACUUAUCGAGAUCUUCAGUUAUCUUGAGACCUUCGGAUACAAAGACAUCUCCGUAUGUUAAUAUUGAAAUCCAGGAGAACCUCAGCAUUUAUCAGUGUGUACUUGAUUUCAGUCCUUACACCUGGAAAAUAAAGCAAUUUAACUUGCCUGAUUGCAUCAGUCCAUUUUAAGCGCAGCAGCUCUAGUUAAUUGCACCUCCACAGCUAAAAUGAUGGUUUAACCUAGACAAACAGCCAAAAACUGUUUCUCUGGCUCGGGCAUCCUCCUUCCUUGCCCCAUAAUUACUUGAAAGCUUGAAAGCCCUGCACUCUCCCUCCCAAGACAAAUGUGUUAUAGGGUGUCCCAUCGCUUCAGGGGAAGAAAACCUUCCUAGGUGCGCCAGUGCAUCUAAGCCGGGGAUAUCACCUCGUUUUGACAUGGGUAUCACUUGCAGAGUUUGUUUUUAAAUUUGGUUAAGGCCCUCUUUCCUAUGGAUCCAGUGGAUCCAUGGGAAAAGUCAAUCAGUGGUGGGUAGAGCUAGAGACCAUACAGAUACAGUACUAUGAUACCAUUUUAAACAGUCAGUUCUUCCCCCAUAGGAUUCUGGGAUCUGUAGUUUGAAGGGUGCCAAGAGCUGUUAGGAGACCCCUAUACUCCUCACAGAUCUACAAUUCUUAGAGUGGUUGAACAAACAAUCCUUCUUCACAGGGAACUCUGACAAUUGUAGGUCUGUCAGGGGAAUAGCCGUCCCCUAGCAACUCUCAGCACCCCUAACAAACUACAGCUCCCACAAUUCUUUGAGAGAAGCCAUGACCAUUUAAUAUUGUAUCAUAGCACUUUCAGUGUAUGGUGAAUGUGGCCAGAGUCAAUAGCAGGGUUAGAAUUGCUUUAUUGCAUGGUGUCCCACCCCAUUCUUUCUCUUCUUCUCUACCUCUGCUCACUCACACAGACACACAAGUGCACAUACACUCACACAUGAAGCAGAAGCAGUUCUCAGAGGGGCAGCCUGGAUAGCAAGAGUGAGCACACAAUGUCUGAAGAGCUGAGUGAUUGUUCGUGAAAUUUGGCCUAGGGCCACAUAUGGCCAUUGGGCUGCACUCAGUGUGGUGUAGUGGUUAGAGUGCUGGAGUAGGACUUGGGAGACCAGGGUUCAAAUCUUCACUCAGCCAUGAAGGCUGAGUAACCUUGGACCAGUCACCAUCUCUUAGCCUAAGCUAAUGCAUUAUAAAUGUAGAAGUACAUUGGGAUAGCUCAGUUGCUAAGAACAUGAGACUUUUAAUUUCAGCGUUGUCGGUUUGAGCCCCACAUUGGGUGAAAGAUUCCUGCAUUGCAAGGGGUUGGACUAGAUGACCCUCAUGGUCAUUUCCAACCCUACGAUUGUAUGAAUUCAUCAGUAUCAAAGGCUAUAGCCAGGCUCAUUCCAGUAGCUUCCAUGAACAAAGGCAGUCUACCUUUGAAUUCCAGAUGUCAGGGACAAGAAACAGCAGAAAGAUGUUUCCUUCAAGCCUUGCCUGAAUGCUUUCUACAAUAUCUGGGGGCCCCCUUGGAAAUCACGUGACAGAGCAGACAAAUCUUUGCUCUGAUCUUACAGUGCUUUUCUUUCAUUUCCUAUUCCUGACCAUUUGCCCCAGCAGGAUUGGAUCAAGCUGUAAGAAAAUUCAUCCUAAACAUUCACGAGACUGGGAGCAAAAUUUAUAUGCCUUGCGUUCACAAGAUGAUGAAUAACCUAAUGGGAUUUUACUUGCCCAUCACAAGGAAUUAUUCCGUAGAAGAAUGGCAAAGAGAAAUGUUUCAAGGCUGAUUAAAGAAAAAAUACCACUGAAGGUUGAUAGUUGGAGACAUUGUUUUGACAGUGCCCAUUAAUUGUUUCAGCCGUGCUAAUCAGGACCCUCCUUUACUUGCACUCUAAUAUAUUUACCCUCGAUUCUGUCCAACAGAUUUAGCCGGCAAUGUACUGUUGAUAAGGACAAGAGAAAUCAAUGCAGAUACUGUCGUUUAAGAAAGUGUUUUCGCGCUGGGAUGAAGAAGGAAGGUAACUUUUUUUUAACCUCCUGUUCAGAGGAAAACACUUCAUAUCAAUUAGCAGGAAACAAAAUCUAUAAGCAAAUACCUAAUGAAUAUAUAUUGGUUGUGCCUACAAAAGAAGGAGAUUUUUAUAGCAGUCGAAAUAUGUCUUCAAUAAGAAGUCAACUUGCUAUGUAAUUUUUGGUUAAUGCUAAGAUUUGACACAUGGGUCAUUUGAAAACAAAACAAAGCAUGCUUUCCUCUAGUUUUGCAUGCUACGAGAUAUUCUUUGUUUUAGUUGAAGUUGAUAAAAAAAUUUUUACUCUUCUCAAGUCAUUGUGGCCUCAUGGACAAAGUGGUGGAUUUAGGCAGGUAAGAUCUGAGUUCACACUGGCUCAGCUGUAGUUGGGUGACCUUUCAUACACUCUUGUCCUCAUAUCUUCAUCUGUAAAAUUGUAAUAGUAAUAGGAAACAUAGGUUUGUUGUGAGGCCUCUCAUAUUAUCAAUACUAUUCCCAAUUUAUUGCAAGCUACCUUGUACAUCCAGUUCUUUAGAAAUGGGACAGGAAAAAAAGAACCAUUGACAUAGAUGGUUCUAUACAGACCUCAUUUCUAUGCAGAAGGAUGUUUAAAAGCAGACUCAUUAGUUCUCCUAUAUUUUAGCAUGCCUGGAAGUAGGCAUAGAUAAACUAUGGAAUUCACCCCAGAAGUAGUGGUGGCUGCUGGAUGACUUUAAAAGAUUCGACAAAUUCAUGGAAGAUAAGAAUGUUGAUGGAUACUAGCCACCAUGGCUGCACUUUGCCUCCAUGGUCAGAAGCAAUAUUCUUCUAAAUUCCAGUUGUAGGAAACUGCAGGAGGGGAAAUUGCUGUUGUGCUCAAGUCUUGCUCGCUGGCUUCCAAUGGGCAUCUAGUUGACCACUGCGAAAACAGGAUGCUGGAGUCAGUCGGCCACUGGCUUGGUCCAGCAGGGCUAUUUCUUUGUUCUUAUGUUUCCUGCAUGGAAAGAUAAAAAUUGAAUUUUUAAAAAGUGGGGUUCAACAUUCCAUACGCUGCUGUUCCACAGAGGAUGCUUUUCAUUUUUUCUUCUUUAAAAAUUGUUUUUGGGAUGGAGACAUGUGACUCCCAGUGUCCACUGCUCUUUGUCUACAAGGGGAGCUUUUAGCCCUCAGCAUGUGUUGAAUUCAAUAUCAUUUUGGAUAGACUGAAGGAGCUUCGUUGGAAGGCAGCUUAUAUAGUCACACUGAACAAACAGACAAAUCCCAUCGGUUCUGAAUUCCAGGUGAAAACAUUGUAUGGUGGUUGAUUUUUAAGUCAAAAGGAGGUGGUAAUGCUGAAAAUCCCAAGGGAUGAGGGAUAAUAAUGCCAAGCUUGAUUCUCCUUUGCAACUGGCAUAUUCAAAGUAGAAGUUAAAUUUCAGGCUUCUUGCAAUGUUGUUUUGUUUUGCCCUCUGUGGGUGUGUGACAGACAGACAGAAAUUGCUUAGUGCUUCCUUGGAAAAGACCCUUCUCUUGCUGUAGAAGACUUACACGCAGCUAUACUUGUAAUUUCAGAAAAGUACUCCCCAAAAUUCUCAAGUGCAUCCCUUUGAAAACAGAAACAUGACAUAUUAAAUCACAUCAAUAAGAUUUGCUUAGCAUCAAAGAACUGCAAUUUAAGCUAAGGCUGCACUUCUGUACCCACCUACUUGAGAGUAAGCCCCAUUGAGCAGCCAGGGCAAUCCAGAGCCUGAUUGGGCAGAGGUGGAGAGAGAUGGAGCUAUGGAACCACUUCCAUAUCUGCAGACUUGUUUCUCAUGUCAGCCAAGGCACAAGGAUGGGAGCAGACAUUUGGACCAAGAUUGGGCUUGCUGCCAUCAAGGAGCAGGAACAGCUCAGGAUCCUGUGGCUCCCAGACCAGCUCAGUCUCCAUCCAUUUGGAGACUUUCCACAAGCUACCAGUAAGGACUGACACUGGUUCAAUUCUUUGGGUGGAGGGACACUAAUCCAACCCCUGGUCCAGCACAAAAGUGGUUUGGGUUGCACACUUGGCACCAUAAAACCUCAGUCAUAGUAUUUGCUUACUAGUUUUAUCACUGUUCUUUAUAUGUAGAUAUGACUUUGUAAAAUCCAAGACUUUUUAAGUUUGUAGAAAGUCUUGCAUAUAUUUGGCAGGGCUUUCCUCUUUUCCCACCAUUGCAGCCCUCAAAUGAAAGUUAGUUUCAACCUCUCCCAGCUUAUAAAGGAUCACGAGAGCUUAGGAACAAAAUUAUCUGGGCACUAGGAGCUGUGCCAGUGUUCCUCCAUUAUUGCCUUUGUGUUCUUCCUUGAGUCCUUCAAGCUAAGGAAUACCAUUUCAUUCUAUUUUCCUCAUAGGCUUAUUACAUUUUUUUAAACAAAAAACAAAACAAAAAAAAAGGCUUUUCAAACCGACUAGUAACAAACUUUGAAGUUGAAUUAUGUGCAGGCAAAACAUUUAUUUCUGAAAAACUUCUCAUUCUUUUUUUAAAAAAAUGGUUUGUAAUGCAUUCCCACCAUUUAUUCAGGGUGAUCAAAGUAGUUAGAAGCCAGUCCUCUGGUAUAAUUUUAUAUUUAAAGCAUAACUACAUUUUGUUGUUGAGGUGCUGAGUUAAGAAAUGAAAAAAGAUAGCUUUUCUCCAGUUAAAAGAGACUGGAGCAUCAUUCUUGAUUCACGUCUACGUGACCAUUUAUCACUUAGUGUUUAUCACUGUACGACAUUUCUUAUUAUGACCUUAAUAAAAGGCCCAUCAUGAAUGUCCUUGGCUAAGAAUCUAGUGCGCCUUCACUAUAAAGCGUGUUCAUUCUUCAUAUAAACUGCAGAACACUAUAUAGUGCACUGAGCACAUUUUUAUUGAAGCAUUGGUGCUGCCUUCUCAACUUCUCUGAUGCAGAUUGCUUCCUUAAAAAUAACAAACGGAUCAUUGGAAAUACAACUGAUGCUUUUAUAAAAGGUUAUGAGGUUCUGUGUGGAAUGGAGAAAUACGUUGAUCACAACUCUUUUCUCUCCUUGAUAUGACCUUGGAUAUAAAAUAGGUUCAGCAAAGCUGAUGGGUAGCCUUAUUUAUCUCUUUCAUUUUUGCAUUAAAAGGGACACCUUGUUACAACACAAGCUUUGUGUUCCACCAUGCCAUUCUCUUUCGAAAGGCUAGUAUGCUAUUAUUUUUGCUCCAUACUAUCUGCUCCAAACCCAGAUACUAGCAUCUCUCAAUGCUACAUCCUUAAAAAUGAACUCUGACUGGAAGACAGUUGUUUUUGAAAGCUGAAAGUGGUUUUAGAGAAGUUUCACAUUAGGAAUGGAGUUGUGUUAUUUUUUAAUCCACUUUUUAAAGCAAACUUCCCUAAGUCACUAGUCCCGAUAUUCAGACUGAAACAUAUCUAUCAGUGUGAUUGCUUAUCCUCCCCCAAAAAAUCCAUCAGCUACUUCAGCAGUUCAAAAGCUUUGUAAAGAAAAAAGAAUGCUGGGGCAAAGAAGGAAAGGUUCAGACCUAUCUCUAAAAGUUAUGAGACUUUUUUGACUUCAAAAUUUCUAAAGUUGAAAUGGUGUUCUUUGUAAACAGAAAUUAUUUUAGGACCGUUUCUUAUAAUGCUUAUAUAAAAUGUUAUAAAAAUGUUUGCCAUUGCUCUUCCAUGAAUUUCUGCAAUAAUGUCAUGACCAACUUUGGACAUCUUUGGUUCGUACAGUUUCUUAAUAACACUUUGACUGCAUACAAAUCAUAACGAGGUAGGACUUUUGGCUUAUCCUACAAUGUUUCUCAAACUUGGGUCUCUAGCUGCUGUUGAACUACAACUCCCACCAUCCUUUGCUAGCAGGUCAGGAAUGAUGGGAGUUGCAGUCCAACAACAGCUGGAGAUCCAAAUUUGAGAAACACUGUAACAUGUCGCAAACAAACAAACUGUCUGACUGCUCUAGCAUUGCCCCUCCCCUGGCAUGAGCAAGAUAGACAAAUCACAAACCUUUGACUUCCUAUUACAUCUAGAUCAAGGAACAUGAUUUGUCGCUCAUCAAGAAGCCACAAUUGCUAGCCAGCCUCAAGCCAUGGUUUAUUGUUGGUUUGCUGCUUCUUUUAACUGGCUUAUGUUGGCUUGCAGAUUGUGUUAGGGAGAAGCAAACCACAAUCCUGCAUUUGUACAUAAUGGCAAACCAAGGCUUCUAGGUUUCUUCCUCCUACUCUUGCCAGGGGCGGAAAAAAAGAAGGUGCGAUUAGGCAGCACCCUGCUCAUUCCUGGUAAACCACGAUAAGCUGGAAACUCUCGCUUAUAGUGAUAUGUAAACGCUACCUUUGAAAAGCUGCUCAGUAGCAUGGCCUGCAUGCAAACCAAUGUGCAAUUUUGUUUCCUUUCCCAGCUGUGCAAAAUGAACGGGACAGGAUAAGUACAAGACGAAGUGCAUCUGAUGGCAGCAACAUUCCUUCUAUUAAUAUGUUGGCCCAGGCUGAGUUGCUUUCUCACCAGGUACAGCAAUCCACCAUCAUGGCGUAUAGGAUCCCCGUGACCUUUAAAAUGUUCUCUGUUUUAUACAUGCACCUAUCCUUUUGCAUUUGCAAUACAGAAAUGAGAAGGGAAGAUUUUCUCUAGAAAAUUAUAAUCUGAAUCAGCUUCUUUUGCAAUAAGCUUUAUACAUCUUUCACUUUCAAAAUACUUAGCUGCCUGAUUCGGGUAGAGCCAUUAGCCCUAUUGGGUGCGAUUUGUAAGCUAUCUGAAGAAAUGUUUCACUGACCACUUGGAAUACUCCUGUUGAAGUUAGUGAAAUAUCAGGGGCUGAAUGCUUAAUUCUAAAGGUCUACUUUCUUCUGUAACAGUGAAAACAGAGCUUGGUUUGUGGGGUGCUAAGGGAAGGAGGUAUAGUGUUGGUUUUUGACACUCAGUAGGAAUAUUCUUAUGACCAACAUUAUUUCUGUGAUUAAGUUGUUUUAAACUGUUUUUAAUGUAGUAUUUUAAUUGUUUGUAACCUGCCCUGUGACCUUAUGGUGAAGAGUGAGUAAACAACAACCAAGAAACCAUACAGAACAACUUCUAACUGUUUAUAUAAUUCAGAUCCUGCUUGUCUUUGAUGCCAGAUGUUCCUCAUCUGAACCGCCAUUUUUUCAUCCUUUUCUCUUAAGGUUUAGCAAAGAUUGUUCCUCUUUUCCUUUGCCUGAUAUUCAGAAACCCCAUUACUUUUGGCUCCCACCUUUGCUUUCUCCUCCUAUAACUCCUUGACUUUGUAGUGUGGAUGCAGAAGUGACUGUCAUGAAAUGAAAAGUCCAACAGUACAAUCCUAUGCAUGUUGGUCCCAUAAAGCUCAAAGUUCAGGCAAUUGCGUAGUGUAGGACUACAUCCCACAUCUCUCUCACCAUGCAUAUGAACAUGAUAUACUCAUCAUUGGGUGUAUAUAUGGGCUAGUAUAUACUCACUAUAAACCUAUUUUCUGAUGGUAUGGGGGGUUAUAAUGGGUGACUGUAGGCAGACAAAACUUUAUUAUAAAGACUGCUGUAAUAAUGUGAGUUCAUAAUUUCUCUCCACUAUAACCAGCUCCCUGUUUCAAGCCCCUGUGCUGGUACUGACAUCAGCGUUAAGAAAAUUGCUGGCAUUAGUGAAGUAUGUGAAUCUAUGAGGCAGCAGCUCCUGGUGCUUGUAGAAUGGGCAAAAUACAUUCCAGCUUUUUGCGAACUACGGCUGGAUGAUCAGGUAUGGGAUAAUGAGCUGAGAAGCCACAAUAAUGGUUCCGUGUUGAAGGCUCUCUUUUCACAGAAGACACUUCUAGGAUGUUAACAUCAAGGGAAGUAUAUAUCAUGGGGGAGCUGGUUCUGGCAUAUAUACAGUUAGAUUCAAGAGAGUGGGUAGGCUUGGGUCCAGAGAAGAUCAUGCCACACAGGAGAAGCCAAGCAAACAAGCCCAGGUGCAAACAAAUCCACAGUAAGCAACUGAGAUCUAAGAAAAAAGAGGGGAAAGAAUCAGGAAAAAUCUACCUUUUAUGAGACACAGUCAAGUUACUCUAUAAGAAAAAAAUGCCCAAAGGCCUUUUCCUACCUGCUUUCAACAGGGGUAUUGGGAGGUGGUGGGCAAUUCUUGUUCGGCCUCCACUAAUCUGGUGCCUUCCACAUGUUUUGGACUACAACUCCCAUCAGCCUAACCAGCACAGGACUAUUGUCCAAAGCACCUAAGAGAGCACCACGUUAGUUGCUCUAGGAACAGCUGAGGGACUGAGUCUCAAGGCCUGAUUUUCAGGACGUCAUCAGGUAUUGCACAUAUUCAGAAACUGGAAACAAAGCCAAAACAGAGCAUCUGCUUAUCCAAAUAGACAAACUUCCAUUGUAUUUCCAAAGUGGAAACCUCUUGUCUUCAAGAGGGAGGGAGGGUGUCUUCACAUAGUGUCAACAGUUAGUAUAGGUGAUUCAUCUUAUUCCACUUGCUUUAUUUUUGAAGUUACCAUUGUUCUAUGCACAUUAUUUUUCCCAAGGUUGCCCUGUUAAGAGCACAUGCUGGAGAACACCUUUUGCUUGGAGCAGCAAAACGCUCUAUGCUUUACAAAGACAUUAUUCUUUUAGGUAAGUUUAUCUUUAUUUUACUUUUUACAACACAGUCCUGGGCAUAUUUACUGUCUCACUGAGCCUGAUUCAACUAAGUAGGUGUGCUAGCGGGAGCUGGCUCAUGAGUCCUGCUAGGACAAUGGGACAUUCCCCAUCCUCCUCCAGCCCAAAUUGACUCAAAUGUGGUAUAGAGAAACACUCCCCCCCCACACACACAGGUGGAGGAGAUGGGAGAUUAUUCCAUCAGGCUUGCUGAAAUAUGUUGAUGGAGUGACUGGAAGAGCUUGGAUCCUUUUCACGGUGUUAUUGGGGGUUUACUCUUAGUAAUUGUACAUAGGAUCAUCACCUAAGACACAUCAUGCUCUAACUAGGGAUGAGUGAAUCUGCCAGUUUUGGUUUCUCAAAGUUUCUCCUUUUCCCAAUUUUCAGUUCUCAACAUUUCCACACCAGUAAGCAACUUUUAAAAAAUAAAGUCAUCAGAAUUUAGCACAAAUUGCAAGGGAUGGCACUGUUUCAGUUUCAUGUUGAUUCAGAAAUUGUGAAUUAAGGAGGUUUGCUUUGCCUUGUGAACUGAACUUCUCCCCAUCCAUAGCUCUGACCUUUCCAAUUCAUUAUCCACAGCAUUGUAUCUGCUAUUCAGGUUUGGAGAGAGGCUGAUAUGUUGAUGACAAAAGCUUAAGGUGUGGCCAUGCUGGCUGUUGCAAAGCCCAGUGCUAUAUAGCAGCAUUAAGUCAGUGGGGUGCCCUCCACAUGUUCUCACCAUCCUUGACUAUUAGCCAUGCUGGCUGGCCCUGAUGGGCUCUAUGUAGUUAGCAACAUAUGGAGGGCACCAUGUUAACUACCCUGGUAUAUGGGAUUCAUGGUAAGUAUAUUGGAUUCAAAAAGGGAAGAUUCGGCCACCCAUCUGUCUUAAGAUGAACCUUGAAGAUUUUGCUCUCCUUCUUGGUGGAUAUAUUAUGAUUAUGAUUUCUCUGCUGGCAUAUUAUUUGUGGAAAUAAAUAUUGCAUGUGUGGAGAAAGGCCUUUUGUGAACACAUUCAUUUACAUAAAUGCACUAUAGAAAAUGGAAGCUGAAUAUGAAUUUUAAGGCUACUUACAUUGUCAGAAGAGUUCUGGUUUUGUUUUUGCUUUUUUAGGUAAUGAUUUUGUAAUCCAUCGCAACAGUUCUGAAAUUGAGAUCAGCCGAGUAGCAAACAGGAUACUGGAUGAGAUAAUUCGACCAUUUCAGGAGAUCCAAAUUGAUGAUAAUGAAUAUGCUUGCUUAAAAGCAAUUGUCUUCUUUGAUCCAGGUAUACUUCAGAAUCACACACACACACACACACACACACACACACACACACACAAUGUGAUAGAGAUAGCAUAGUCUUAGCUGAAAAGCUGAAGAUUUUCCUAUGCUAAUGUUGACCUUGAUGUGGUUCCUAAUUUAACAAAAUGUGUCUUUGUCAGCCUUCCCCAACCCAAUGCUCUCCAAUCUUUGGACUAUGACUCCUAUCAUCCAACAACAGUUAAAAACAGAAAAAGUUCAAAAUGACCAUCAGUAAACCACUGUCAAAGGAUAUAGUCUUGAUUGCCUACAUAGGCCUGGCAGAAUAGGAUUUUUUAAAGCAGAUGUUUAAAAGUUGGCACAGAAGGCACCAUCAUGAUAGUAGAAAGAUCUGCAUAGGAACUAGUCCACGCCUCCUUCCUCUUGAAAUGCCCUGCUGUGAGUAUAGAGGUGGUUUUUUUCUACAGGCUACCACUGGUUGUAACUUCUGCCCAUCUGUCAUUGGGCUAGUUACAUUGGGAAGCUCCAAGUUGGUGGAGGGACACCUCUGUUCCACCCCAAAUCCCCUCCUGCAUAGUAUUUGGGGAAUUUGGAUUGGUCUGUGAGUCUUCUUUAUCCCCAGGGCCCACACGGAUAGUAACAAUACCAAUGAUUCCUUGCUUUGGUGCUUUCUUCCAUAUCCUUAUGAAAGAUUUCUUUGUUCUUUGAAGAUGCAAAAGGAUUGAGUAACCCAAUGAAGAUCAGGAACACAAGGUUUCAAGUUCAGAUCAAUUUGGAGGACUACAUCAAUGAUCGUCAGUACGACUCCAGGGGACGCUUUGGAGAACUCUUACUACUUCUUCCCACCCUUCAGAGCAUCACCUGGCAAAUGAUUGAGCAAAUUCAAUUUGUGAAACUGUUUGGAAUGGUUAAAAUUGAUAGUUUGCUUCAAGAAAUGUUACUGGGAGGUAGGUGUGUCAGUAGGUUUUAUUGGACUUCCUUGUGUUUAACUGUACAGCGGUACCUUGGUUCUCAAACUUAAUCCGUUCUGGAAGUUUGUUCCAAAACCAAAGUGUUCAACAACCAAGGUGCAAUUUCCCAUAGAAAAUAAUGCAAAAUAGAUUAAUCCAUUCCAGACUUUAAAAAAUAACCCCCAAAACAGCUUCCGGGUUUGCAGUGUUUGUGUUCCAAUUUGUUUGAGUACCGAGACAUUUGAGAACCAAGGUACCACUGUACUCAGAUGCACUUAUAUUAGUGCUGUACCCCUCCCCAAGAUACAUUUUCCUGCUCCUUUUGGGUCUAGAAUUAUUUUUGCAAAACUUAGGGCUAAGGGGGUUUGACAUUUAUGUUAUAACUUUAUGUAAACAGAUGUGGAGAACUUCAGGCCCUGGAACCAAAUGCCCCCUUGUAGGCUUUUCUGUUUCUCCCUGCGGACACUUUCCAGGCCACACACCUGGACUGACCUGUUCUGUGCCCUAUGAGAAUGUCCCUCAUAGGACACUCAGUAGGAACUAGCAGUCAAGGGGUAGUGGUACAUCUCAUCUUCCUCUGUUUCCAUCCUGGCUUUGUUAAUAAGUGAAUUAAGGUCUUGCAGCUCCUCUAAGUGAGGGAAAUGUAUUUUAUUUUGUAGAAUCAAUCAGCAUGACACUCUUAAUCUCAGGGUUGUGGGUUCAAGCCCUCUGUUGGGCAAAAGAUCCCUGCAUUGCAGUGGGUUGGUGUAGAUGACCCUAACGGUCCAUUUCAACUCUACAGUUCUCUGAUCCUCUGUCCAUUUGCAUAGACAAACGCUUUGGUUUUCUCUUGCAGGUACGUCUAGUGAUGCCACGAAUCUCCACCAAGUUCAUCCUCAUCUAGCCCAAGAUCCUCUCACUGGACAAACUCUGCUUAUAAGUUCAGUGGCUGCUCCUGUACAUGCAGAACCAAUUUGUAAGUUUAUUGUAAAUAUAUCUCUUGAGUGUAACUUCUGUGGGUUAUUUUUAAUUCACUGCUUAAUUGGUUAUCAGUGCUUCACAUCUUUUUUUCCCAACCUUAAUUGUUUUCUACUAACAACAUUUCAACAACCUGAGUUUAAAAUUUAAUUUCUUAUAUUGCGCAAAUUUUUAGUGAAGGCUAGGCUGUAGCAUUGCCAAAUCUUCAUCCAGAAAUACUUUUUUUGGGGGGGGGCAAAGAGUGGCUUUCAGAGGGCAUGAAAUGUUUUUCUGAACAAGUCUUUAAGACUACCUUUUUCACUGCUAUUAUUUGAAGAGGUUCACAGUAUUCAGUUUGUAGUUUGCUCCUUCUUCCGUAUAAUUUCUCCCUCUGGGCUUUCUUUUGAUGUCAUCUCAGCCAACUGCAGAUCCUUCACCAAAUAUGAUGAUGCCACAAUACCAUGUAACCAAUAAGAUUAGAUGUUUUAGGUUUUGGGGGUUUUUUUGUUUUGUUUUUACAAUCAAGUGGUAUAUACAUUUUACGAAGUAAAUAAAAAUUCAUGAAAUAAAUGAUUUGACUACGUCAGAGUUUCCCAAACUUGGGUCUCCAGCUGUUUUUGGACUACAGUUCCCAUCACCCCUGGCCACUGCUCCUGCUAGCUAGGAAUGAUGGGAAUUGUAGUCCAAAAAUAGCUGGAGACCCAAGUUUGGGAAACCCUGGGCUACAUGAUGAUGGCACUGAGGACCAACAAGCCAGUGUCCUCACUCUAAACGGGUAUAGGGAGGUGGUGGUGCCUCAGUCCAAAUUGACUGUGGGGCUGAAGCUACUAUGCUGCAUUGGGAAGUCAGCAUCCGCUGAAAGGCCUUGACAACUGGAAAGCCCCUGCGGACAUACCGUAUUUUUUGCUCUAUAAGACUCACUUUUUCCUUCCUAAAAAGUAAGGGGAAAUGUAUGUGCGUCUUAUGGAGUGAAUGCAGGGUGCGCGGCUAUCCCAGAAGCCAGAACAACAAGAGGGAUCGCUUCUUUCACUGUGCAGCGAUCCCUCUUGCUGUUCUGGCUUCUGAGAUUCAGAAUAUUUUUUUUUCUUGUUUUCCUCCUCCAAAAACUAGGUGCGUCUUGUGGUCUGGUGCGUCUUAUAGAGCGAAAAAUACGGUAUUUCCCACGUUCAGGCUCUCGCUGAAAUAGUAGGGACUUCUUCACGGCAGGUGAAAAAUGUUCAUGAAAAGCACAUUCCCUGCCUCUUGUUUCAACGCAGCCCUAAGUAAGAGAAGCUUGAUUUGAUUACUGAUAAUUCCUUUUCAAUUCUUCCCCAGCAACUCCCGAAACUCCUCUGCCUUCUCCUCCACAAGGCUCUGGUCAGGAAUACAAGGUAGCUGCAAACCAAGUUACGGUUAUUUCACAGCAAUCUCUUCCAAAACAAAAGCCAUUGUGAUAUUGAUCAAUGCUUCUUCUUUUUGUAAUACAAGCACUGCAUUAAGCCAUUGUGACACUGGAAAACUCAGGACAGAUAACUCAGAUCUGCUGUUAAAGAGACAAGUACAGUUCCCUUUGGAGAAGUUUUUUUUAUAUAUAAGAAAACAACAAAUAAAUCACUUUUACUAACUUUUUUUUUAAAAAAGCUUGAAUUCAGAUAUAAUUUGUGGGCGUAAGUAGGUGAAUGGAGAUGGGGAAGCUGUUUCCUGUUUGCAAUGCGUUUGAAUCAGUAUUGAAGAAAUUUAAUUUAUUGUCCCCUUAUACAUGAAAAAGUCUUAAGUAUCUCUAGCGGAAUGCAAAGCCUGAUUUUAAUAGAACUGCAAGCUGAAAUUUAGAAAUAAUGAAACAGCAAAGCAAGUAGUUUUAACAGUUAAUCAAAGCAGGUGUCUCAUUUUCUUGAAUAUACAAUGGAGGUUGAAAGCCAAAAUACUUCCUGCAAGCAUCUAUGUGACGUAUGUGUGAAUUAUAUAGUGAAAUCCUGUACAUGUUUACUCAAAAAUAAGACCCACUGUGUUCAGUGGAGCUUACUCUCAGGCAAGUAUGCAUUGGAUUCUAACCUAUGUGGAAGCAAAUCUCCUUAAUUUCAAUGGAAUUUAUUUUAAGUAAGUGAAUACUGCUGUGGGAUUUGUUUAAAAAUGUAUUGUCUUUUGCUCUUAAGUAAGAGGCUCUUGUAAAUAAGUUCUGCUUUUAAUGUUGAACUGUGGGUUUUUAAAAAGCUACUAUUCAAAAUGUGAACUAUAAUUUUUAAAAGAAUUAAAUAAGAAUGUUAGCAAAAAGUGGAGAAAUAUUUUCCCCAUUUACACUUUCUCCUGAAGUGGAAAAAUUAGAAAUUUUGGGGGAAAUUGAAAAAAAAAAAAGCACGUAUCUUCUGAAGUAUUCUGUUAGAAUGAAUAGAGCAGUGUUCUAAAAUAGCACUGUUGCAGCCAAUACACACAGCUGCAAUUUUUUUAGUUCCAACAUUCAAAGUUGGGAAUAUUAGUGAUUAAAGCAUUGGUACUAUGUUUGCCUUGGUUGCUAAACAAGCAACACUCUUCUCACUUGAUGCUGAAAAAGUACAUCUAAAUAUUUUCCAGUAUAGAAUACGUUCAGAUAGCUAGUAGCCUAACAAGCACAGCCUCUGACUGUUGAUUCUAUUUUGCAUUUUUUGUAUCAAGUGAAAUAAAUGGAUGAAUGUUAGAAAAUGGACACAUGCCCUCUUAUAACACGCAAACAGGAAAGUGUCGAGAAGCUUGCUUCAGUUCAUACAAGACCUUCAAAUGUUGAUGGUUUAUAUUUUCAUCUUCUAUCUUUCUCUAUUUUCCCAGCUGGCAAAAAAGAGAGGGGGACUACAAAAGACUUUGAUACCAAAAGCUUACAAUAGCAUAUCAUACGCUGGAUUUUUAAUCAAUAAAAAUAAGCAUAUCCAAUUUAAAAUGUCAUGCAACCAAAAAAGUUUCACAUACUGAAUAGCACAAUGUUAUGUGUUGUGCUAAGUUUUUUAAUGAGCAAAAUGAGUUUAGCUUUUAUAAGAAAGUACUGGAUAGAUUUCAAUUUCCCCCCAAAUUUCUCUCUUUUGUUCUAGAAAAAACAAACAUAUGGGAAAACAUCCUCCACGUGACUUUAAAAUAUCCAUAGAUUUUACAACUGUAGACCCUUCUGAUGUUAUCGGCAUAGUAUCAAAGCUGUUGCAGUUCAGUUCUUUGUUAUGCUUUUCCGGUGACAUCAAAACCAUUGGACCAAUGUCAUGGAGCCUUUCUUACACCAAAGUUGUUCCUAAUAGAGAUUGGGUUGUGUCAUAAUGCCCACUCUGGGUAGCAGAUCCCAGAAGGCCCUGCAGUCAAGGCUAUGGAAAAGUUAGAUAUAAGAACAUAAGAAGAGCCUACUCUUUGAGGCAAGUGGCCCAUCUGGUUCACCAUAUUGUUCUCAUAGUGGCCAACUAGAUACUUAAGGGAAGCCUGAAUGCAAUAGCAUUCCCCGCCCCCCCCCAGGUGAUUCUGACCAACUGGCGUUCAGAGAAGAAGAAGAAGAAGAGUUUGGAUUUGAUAUCCCACCUUUCACUCCCUUUAAGGAGUCUCAAAGCGGCUAACAUUCUCCUUUCCCUUCCUCCCCUACAACAAACACUCUGUGAGGUGAGUGGGGCUGAGAGACUUCAAGGAAGUGUGACUGGCCCAAGGUCACCCAGCAGCUGCAUGUGGAGGAGCGGAGACGCGAACCCGGUUAGCCAGAUUACGAGACUACCGCUCUUAACCACUACACCACACUGGCUCUCAGAGGCAUAUUGCCUUCAACAGUGGAGGCAGAACAUAGCCAUCUUGGAUAGUAGCCAUUAAUAGGCUCACCCUCCAUUAAUUUGUUUAAUCCAGACGCAGGUCCGGCACUGGUCCUGAGCUGAGACCUUUGCUCAGGAAUGCCCAGAAAAUGCUUCUCCACCUAGAGUCCCAAAUAUCACAUCACUGGACCACUGGCAUAGGCAACAAACCAAGAGGGAACUAACAGCAAGAGUGGGAGUGAGUUAGCCUGAGCAUAGCAAUCUGGGUUGAGUACCAUAAAAGGGUGUAGUUGGAGUAGUAGGUGGAUCACCUGGAGCUCUCCAAGGUCCUGUACCUCUACUUUGCCUUGCCCUUUGGGCUUCUAUUUCAUGAUGGGAUAGGACAAGAUAAGGUGGUGAUGGUGAAGGAGGCAGGUCCACAUUGUGGAUACUUCUUAUCUGGUCCAAGUGUCUAUUGUUACCUGAGCAUUGCAGCAAGAAAGCAGAGGAGCAGAGUUUUUGGUGCUUAACACUCAGAUGAAUGACUAAAUGAUUUCCUAGACUGCCAAAUGUAAUGAAACACUUUUCCUUUUUGAAACUCUUAAUAUUGUUAUCUAUUUUAUACAAUGCUUUUCCUUGUUAAAUAAUAAGUAUAUUGUAAUUUAUUGAGAAUCUGAUUUAUUUUCUAGGUGUAAAAUUAUUUUUGUAAGCCUAAUUGUACAAAAUCAAAAUGACUGGCUUUGUUCAAAUGGUAUAUUGUGCUGAGCUGUUUGAACCAUGAUGUAAUGUAUGGAUGUUGGCUUGAGUAGCCAUGAAAUGGCUGCUGCAAAUGUUUUCAGAUAGACUGUUUUUCAUCAAUGCUCAAUAAACAGAUAUUGAAAACAUAUGAAUGUU